GGAUACAAGUAUCCCUAACAUUUCGCUGGAAACAAAAUUGGCGGGAAAUUUCAUUUAUUCAUUUAUUCACAAUGGAUGCAAUUAAAUAUGGUAAUCUACUGGGAUAUGUGAAAAACCAAGUGUAUCCGUCGAAUUUUACAAAGCAAGAAAAAGCGAUAUUGCGCAGAUUUGCGAAAAAAUUUGAAGUUGACGCCAAUUCAAACUUGUUUUAUCUCGAUAAAACAAAAGAAGGGACAUUAAAUAGAAGACUUGUCAUUCGAGAAGAUGAGAGACAGAAAAUUUUCGAAGAAUGUCAUUCUGCCCCUUUUGCAGGUCACUGUGGAAGGGAUAAUACGAUAAACAAGAUUCGAAUGCGCUAUUGUUGGCCAGAUUACUAUAAGAAAACAGUUGAAAUGGUGAGUACAUUAUACAUAGAAACAGCAGCAUUAUUCUUUAUUUAAUAACAAUAAAAACGCCAGUUGGGCUUAAUAAAAGUUCCUGUUAUUGCUCAAUCUAGCUGAAAGCUGCUACAACAACCAAGGAUCAAAAUGUUGACAUAUGUGUAAAUUACCAGCCUAUUAGUAUUACAGAGCAUUUGUAAUGGAGUAUGAUUCUACUAAUAUUAUAAAGAUAAAUUAUAAUCAACAUUAAUAUUUAAAAAUUUGCAUGUUUACAAUUACAUGUAUUCAUCUAUAGAUAAAACGCUGUGAUCGAUGUCAGCGCAAUGCACCAGACAACAACACAUAUGAUGUUCUUCAUCCAGUAAAAGUGCCUCCACGUGUGUGGUACCUGAUUGGUAUUGAUCUGAUUGAUGCUCAUAAUAUUUCAAAAAAAGGAAAAAAAUUUAUCUUGACAAUGACAGACUACUUCACAAAGUAUGUGGAGGGAUGUCCAAUACCAGAUAAAAGUGCAAACAGUGUGGCAAGAGCUCUAUACUCAACCUUCUGCCGGCAUGGUUCUCCAGCACACAUUAUUUCAGACCAAGGGAGGGAAUUUGUCAACCAGGUACCUGGAUUUUCAUGCUUUCAGUAUAUCAGCAAAAGAAUUUUUCUUUAAUACAUAUUAAUAUUGUCAUGACAAUGUUCUCAAUUAAUUAUUUUGGAUAUAUGCAGGGGGGAGAUGUAGGGUCCAAAUUUGUAAUUCUUUCAAAACUGAAGAGAAAUUCCAAAGGACAUAAUUUCAUGAACCAUGUGAUACUUUUAUCUCUGACAUAUACUUCCUGUCUUAUUAUAACAUGCAAUUUUAUUUCGGAACAAUUUCUAAAAAAAUGGAUGGCAGAGGAUUGGUUAAGUGUGACAAAUCUUUUUUUCUUUUCAGGUAAGUGAGGCCCUAUUUUCUCUGUUUGGAAUAAAGCACCGAAUUACAUCUGCAUAUCACCCACAAUCAAACGGGUUGGAUGAAAGGACGAACCAGACCAUUAAACGGUAAUUAGACAGAGGGGCAUUCAAGAUGGUGACAAUAACCCCUGCAAUUUUUUAUUUAAUCUAGAAAUACGGUUGCCACAGCAGCCCAAGUUAAUAAGACUUAUUAAAAUAUUGUACACCUAUAGUGAUAUGACUAAAAUUAUCUGAUAUAAAAUCCCAAAAUAUAGUUGUUUGAUAUACAAAAUCAACUAUUUUUUUAGGACUCUCAAGAAAGUAAUGAAAGACAAGGAAGAUCGAUGGGAUGAGUAUAUUGAAGGUGCUCUCUUUGCAAUAAAUACAAAUCAAUCGACCACAACAAAAUACAGUCCAUUUUACAUGAUGUUUGGAAGAAAUCCGAGAUUCCCCUUUGAAGCAGAAAAAGGUGCAAUAACCCCCACCGGUUCAGAUGAUAUUGCACAACUGAUGCAGGACUUGAGUAGUGAGGUAGUAAUCAGAGAAGAUGUUGAGGAGACAUCUCGCAUGAAGGAUGCCCUGUUCCCUAUUGUUGAUUCAAACAUACAAAAAGCGCAAGAAAAACAAAAAAUACAAUAUCAAAACAAGAAGGGUCAACCUGUAUGCCAAUUUAAAGCUGGAGAUGCUGUAUUGCUUCGUAACAUGUUGCAAAAAACAAAAAAAGGGCACAAACUUGAAGAUCAAUGGCUUGGUCCAUAUGAAGUUUCAGAGGUAAUAGCUGACAGGGGAGUAUGCAAGCUUUUAAACCCUUCGACAAAAAAGCAAGUGAAACAACAGUCAAUCAAAAACUUAAGACCAUAUAAACAGGAAAAUACUACAGAUAAGCAUCAGCAAUUAAAUUCAGCUACACAACAAUCACAAGGUACUUUGUCAGAAGGAAUGUCGUCGGAUGAAAAAGAUUUAAAAAGAAAGGAUUUAGGAGGAAAUGAAUCAGACACGAAGACACUUGAAGAGAUGCAGUCACAAAGGGGGAAACCAAAUGCAAACCAAAUUCAUGAAAUGUAAUCUGAUGGGACAAAACCUGAUAGCGUGCAGCCAAAUGUCAAGCAGUCAGAAACCAAUCAGUCAACAGCAAUGCCACACUUUUCGUCAAACGGGAAUGAUAGUUAUGUCACCUCACUUGAAGACAACAGUCCUCCAGAAUCAUUGCCCUACCUCGAAAAACAACAAAACAGUGGAACUGCAAUUCAAGGAGAGAAAUUAGCUAGGGACGAAACACCAACACUACCCUUUGAGGAUGAGCCUCCUGCAGAUGGUUUAAGCUCAAAAGCCUGUGAAGAAUUUGAUAAAAGAAUUCUAAAUAUGAAAGAGCAAGACAUUUUACCACAACUGUUAACCAUUAAGGACGAGGUGCUUAGCAAAUUACAAAGCAACAAAAAAUGCUGGAGAUCUGAGGUUUUCCACUCUGGUUACAGCAAGGAUGCACCAGGCAUAAAAAAGAAAGACCUAAGUGUAAAUGUACACUCUGGUGCAUUUACCGAAGAUCAUUUACUCCUCAUCGUCAAUGAACUAAAAAAAUGGUUUCCUGAUGCUGGAGUAGAUUUCCUUACAAAUGUUAUCUUGCCUGAAGCCCUUAUAAUCCUCAGCAAGUCAUUUUUUGAGAUUUCGCAUUGUGAAGCUGAGUAUUAUCUGGCACAUGGAGGAAAAUAUCUUGUACAAGAGUGCUUUGAAAAGAUCUUGGAAAAGAGAGCAAGAAAAAGGACAAAGUCAACCAAGAGAAAGAUACCAGCAAAGAAAUCCAAACCAGAUCCUAUCCAUCUAACCCAUUUUAAAGAAGAUGAGUGUAUGAUUGUCAAAGAAAAAAAGUCAAAUGCUAGUUCCACAAACAAGAUGAAGAAACCAAACUAUCCAGUACAAGCAACCAAAGAGGAUGAAGAUAUAAUUAUGAAGAAUCGCUGGCUAACAGAUGUUCAAAUUGGGAAAGCACAACGCCUACUAAAGCAGCAAUUUCCAAAUGUUCAAGGUCUCCAAGCAACAACUCUUUGCCCACUUCAACAGUUUGAUGUUAUGAAAGGCAACUUUGUACAAAUUCUUCACACAGGUGCAAAGCAUUGGAUCUGUAUCAGUAACAUUUAUUGUAAUGAAAUGAAUGCCAUUAAGAUCUAUGACAGCAUGCAUUUGGGAGUUAAUACAUUCACCAAGACGCAAAUUGCCAGUAUUCUAUACAUCGAGUCUGCUGAUAGUAUUAAAAUCAUGGUUGAACCAGUCACACAGCAAAUGAACGGGUCUGAUUGUGGUAUAUUUGCCAUUGCUUUUGCUGCUGCUCUGUGUCAUGGGCAAGAUCCCAGCAAAAUGAUUUUCCAAAUACGUAAUAUUCGGAGUUACUUGUGGAAUUGCUUUACUAAUGGCCACAUAGAUAUGUUUCCAUCUCUCCAACGGUUGUCUAAUGUACAGCCUUCCAACACAUUUCUUCUUCCAAUCUACUGUAAGUGUCGCCUUCCAUAUGUCAAGCAAGAAGAUGAUAUGGUAGAGUGUUCCGGUUGUCACAAGUGGUACCACAGGAAGUGUCUUAACGUCCCAAAGAUGGUCUUUAAAAGAAAAGAUAUGAAUUGGAAGUGCAGUCAAGAAUGCAGUGUCAGGAAAUAACAAGUACAAUCGUACUACUGUGCAUUAGGAUUAAUAUUAAUGUUAAGAGUAAUUAGACUUUAGGUUUAAGAAUAUGCUACUUCUUAUUGUUAUGUAAUUGGGCGAAAAAAAACCCAAAAAAACAACAACAAAAAACCUCUGACUAUAAGCCCCCCCGAAUUAAUAUAAGCGCAGUAAUCGCUGCUUAAUACAUGUUUAUUUUCCUGUUUAUGGCUGACUUGUUUAUGUCUGUAUAAGCCCUUGUAUAAGCCCAUCAAAAAUCGCUUACGAAAGUAUAUAAGGGCUUAUAGUCGGAGGUUUACGGUAGGUUACUGUUAACUGUUCAAAAUACUAUGCUUUUUUUAUACUAUGUCAAUAAACAUACGGAUAUUGUUCCUUUUUGUGUUAUACCACAGCCAUGAUUCCAGCACGGUUAUACAGUAUAAGCUUUUUAUAUGUGAUUAAGCAAUAUUGUCACAACUUCUGAAUGACUAACUGUAAAAAUUAAUUCUACACUAUGUUCUACACCAAUUUAUGCGACGCGAACAUGCUAUCUUACAACAUAAAAGCACAAUCACAUUUAUAUACACAUUUACUGCAGCAUUACUGUAAAAACGCAAAUACUUACCGGAAAAUAAAGGCACCGAUAAAUGACUUUCCUCCUGCUCAUAUUUUGAAUAUUGCAUCCUUUCGCUUCUAGUGUUGUAGUUAUCCCCACCGGGGGUAAUUUUAUCCCUAGGGAUAUUAGUGUGGGGAUACACAAAACACGGGGAUGUUCGUAUCACUGUGACACCGCCAUAUUUUUGAAAUACAGUGAAUUUUCAUCUGCUCGAUCGAAAGAUUUAUAGUAUUUUACUGGAAGAUGGUAUAUUUUAGCGAAGAUGGAACAUCAGGGAUGGCUGAGUAACUUCAAGGUAAGAUUAUUGUUUUGUUUUCUAUAUAACAGAGCAAUUUUGAAAGGAAAUAUUUACUAUCUUCAUUCUUGAAUUUUGAGCAUGUGUGAUGUGUUCCGUCUUAAAAUUUGAAUUCGCUGCGACAAUAUAAAUACAUUAGUUUUUAUACCAAGGCUUACAUUUGACUCAGUCUCUAUAUCAAAUUAUGUUUGUUGUAAUGCCAAAUUCACUAGUUGUGUAUAUGACGGAUUGCCAGAUCAAGUGUUCCUUGUAUAAAAUAAUAUAGCUUGGCGAUUUGUUUUCAAUUAACUGGUACUUUCAUAAGUUUCUAUUAAUAUUUAUAUAUAGGUGGGUUAGUUUAGAUAAAUGUUGUCAAUUUGAUGGGUUGUGUGGCAACUUUCAAACUUUAUAUGAAUUCAUUUAAUUUUAUAUGCUUGUGUGAUGUUACUCCGAGUGUAUAUCCACACUGGGUAGGCAUAUUUUUCACCGUGGCCAGGUGGUGUAUAUACAUAUAUACACUCAGAGUAACAUCACACUUGUAAGCAUCUUAUUCACCUGAGUACAUUACAGUAUUGGAAGGAACUAGACUCAGUUCCGAAAUAUAGCAUACUUGAACCGACCUGACCGCAUAGCUCAGUUGGCAGAGCAUUGGGCUAGUACUCCAAAGGUCGUAGGUUCGAAUCCCACUGUGGCCAGGUAUAUUUUCCAAGCCUGCUUGGUGAAGAUAUACAAUCAGAGUAAGAUAACACAAGCAUCUUAUUCACCUGAGUACAUUACACCAACACAGCAAAUAACAUUUAUUUAUGCCACCUGCAUGAUCAGAUGAUCUGUUUAAUAAUAUAUGUAACAACCUUUGGGCUACAUAUAUUUGAGAUAUACAUCUCGGCAAGGAUUUGAUGGUUUUUGGAAUUAUUACCCAUUUCACUGAUUCACUCCAAUGAGCCCAAUUUUCAGCACUUUGUUAAAUGUUAUCUUGCCUAAUGCCGGACAAUUUUAUUUGUCAAGGGAGUGUCUAGCUAGACUCUGCCCAUGUUUCAUGUUGAUAUAUUUAGAUACAAUUUUCCCUAACACUACCUACUUUAAGUACGGUACUUAACUUUGAUAUAAUUUUCAACUCUGACAUGUCAUGCUAGAUAAUUUUGAUUAUCGACUGUGGACUACUUGCCCAUAUUUCACCUAUUAACACCUAAGGAGCAAUUUCUUCUUAUGUUACAUACUUUAAGUUCUUUGUAGGGGUGUGGAGGGUAGAGUCUUUUUGCUCUCCAGCCAGAUAUGUUGGAUAGUUGAGGAUAUGUUGGAUAGUUGAAAAAUAUCCCUGUCCAGAGGCAGAUUCAGGGUAUUAUUCAAAUAUAUAAGGUUCAGUCAGGCCUCAUUUAAGGUUAAUUUAAGUAAUCAUUUUAAUUGGUUAAAAAGUGAUGGUGUUUAUAAAAUUUUGAUUUGAAAUAAUAGGAAAGAACUUCACAGUCUAACACUAGUAAACAUGCAUCAUUGGUAGCAAAAGCCUCACUUGUAUUAGUUCAAAGGUCAAAUCUGCAUUUACAAACAAACAUAUAAAAUCUUGAAAAUAGUGUUUACAAGCAUUCCUGUUAUCAAUCAUUGAAUAAAAAUAUGAUAACCACCCCUGCUUUUUUAACCUGAUCAAAUCGUCUAACCUAAUCAAACCAUCUAACCUGCAGCAACUGUAAGUCUUGAAGGCCUGAACCUUAUGUAAAUAAUACCCAGUAUUGGGUGGCCAUGUAACAGAAAAUGAAGUAAAAUCUCAAUAUCUGGCCAGAUGUGAUAUCCAUUGCAUCCCUAGUUAUUUGUUAUGUUUCUUUUUCUUGAAAUGCCAAACGACUUUACUUGUUAAGGGGAGAGUGUUGGUAUGACUGUACAGUAUAUUCGUAUUCAACAUACUUAUUUAAUACAUGCACCAUUUGUACCCUUUUAUAGUUAACCCUCAGAUGUAUAAUGGCUUCCUUUUCACAUGUACUGGGAGACCGGCAGACCCACCAAAACAAGACUAGCAAGCAAGGAGACCGGCUGACCCACCAAAACAAGACAGGCAAGUAUGUAAGUUUACUGAUAUUUUCUUUGUGAUAUAAGUUAACAGAUUGCAUCCUGAUGCUCCUACUUUAUUAUUUUACUCUGUCUACUGCCAGACAAUUUACUCAUCAAGGGGAGAGCUCUGGCAUUUAAUAUGUACCGGUACAGUAACUUAACUGGCCUUUCUGCCCAUAUGUCUAAUAAUCUAGUUAAUACAUUCAGUUGCAUUGUGCCAAUGCGCCCUGCUUUAAGUAUUAUUGUACUUGGUCUAACGAUUUAGUCGUAUGACAUGUGGACAGUGACUGACUGAAACAGUACAGGCUUGACUGCAGUCACUGGCAAGAAGAAAAUUCAGAUCUUACAAUGUAUAUUAAUUUUACUGUAUUAUAAACCAUAUAAUUUCUUUUAUUAUAGUACAUGCUGACAGCAAAUGCCUUAACUGAGGUGGAUAGGCCCAAGAAUUUUUCGAAAUUAACUAAGAAUGCAAGAAAAAGAUUCAAUGUGAACUGGAGAAGCAGGAGAACUGUUAAGAGAACACAAACAUACAGUAUUUGUUUUUAAUAUUUUAGUAAUGAUAUUAUAUGCAUUUCUUAAUUUUAAUCUUUGGUCUUGUCCCUGCAUGGUGUUACUGGUAACUCACCCCUGAUUUUUUAUUUCUGCAUGCUUUUAGCUGAGUAAUGCAUAUACAGGAUGUAUCAAAAAUGUCCCAAAUGGAUAAUUUCCUCGAAAUCACACAAAAUUUGGGAUUUUUUUGUAACCGAGAGUAAAUAUAUGUAUAUUGUAAUUAAGUUUUUAUUAUUUUGUAAUUUGUAUAUUUCGAAUAAACUAGUGUCUGAUGUGGUACAUCAAACCUGCAUAGCACGUAAAUUUCUUAUUUAGGUAGAUUUUUCUGAGGGGCAGUUCAUAUGAUCCCGCUUACGCAAGAUUAAACGAAGCGUGCAUGCAAUGAUUUUGAGAUAUUGAAAUAAGUCGUUUGUUAAUGAUAAGGAAAAAUAACAUGAUCCAGGUGGCUUGGAUUUUGUUCUGUAGAAAAAUCAACAAAUUGGCAAAAUGUAAUUGUUGAGCACUAAUUCUUGCGAAUAUAUUUUUUUGCAUUGAUCUAUAUUUAGUCUGUUGUUAGCAUGUGCUUGUCUGGUUUCAUAACGACUUAUUUCAAUACCUCAAAGCCAUUGCUCGCUUUGUUUAAUCUCGGGUGGGAUCACAUAAACUUCCCCUGACUCGCUUGAUUUCAAUGCAUAAAACUUAAUAUUUGAACAUUUGAAACAUGUGAGAAUUUCAUACAUGAAAUCUUAAUGUGGAAUUUCAUAUAUGAAAUAUUUUAUAUAUGAAAUCUUUAUGUGGAAUUGAAACAAUUUCAUAUAUGAAAAUUUCACAUGUGAAAUAUUUCAUAUACGAAAUCUCUAUAUGUGGAAUUGAAACAAUUUCAUAUAUGAAAAUUUCAUAUAUGAAAUAUUUGAUAUAUGAAAUCUUUAUGUGGAAUUGAAACAAUUUUAUAUAUGAAAAUUUCAUAUAUGAAAUAUUUGAUAUAUGAAAUCUUUAUGUGGAAUUGAAACAAUUUCAUAUAUGAAAAUUUUAUUAUAUGAAAUAUUUCAUAUAUGAAAUCUUUAUGUGGAAUUGAAACAAUUUCAUAUAUGAAAAUUUCAUAUGUGAAAUAUUUCACAUAUGAAAUCUCUAUAUGUGGAAUUGAAACAAUUUCAUAUGUGAAAUCUUUAUGUGGAAUUGAAACAAUUUCAUAUAUGAAAAUUUCGUAUAUGAAAUAUUUCAUAUAUGAAAUCUUUAUGUGGAAUUGAAACAAUUUCAUAUAUGAAAAUUUCAUAUAUGAAAUAUUUCAUAUAUGAAAUUUGUUUCAAUUCCAUAUAACGAUUUCAUAUAUGAAAUUUUCAUAUAUGAAAUGUUAUGUGAAAUUUUUGUAAGGGAACUGCUAUCACAUGGUAACUAUAAAAACAUAAUAUACUCAGGUUAAGCCAUGGUCAGUAAACCUACAAUUAAUGUAAAUUAUCGGCUGGUAUACCGGUAAUGGCCUUAUCGAAAACGAAAAUUAGUAUUGCAGUUCGCCCAGUAGGUUGAUAAUAUAGCGGUGAUUAUAUAUAUAUAUAUAUAUAUAUAUAUAUAUAUAUAUAUAUAUAUAUAUAUAUAUAUAUAUAUAUAUAUAUAUAUAUAUAUAUAUAUAUAUAUAUAUAUAUAUAUAUAUAUAUAUAUAUAUAUAUAUAUAUAUAUAUAAUUUUUCGUUUUACCUCAAAAAACCACAACAGUCUGUUUCAUCCGUAUAGGAAUCAUCACUGUUGUGGUUUUUUGAGGUAAAACGAAAAACUAUAUUAUGCUCUAUCUAUAUGGUAUUGAGCACUGUUUGUGUUUCGUAAACCAAAAUCUUAACCUAUAUAUAUAUAUAUAUAUAUAUAUAUAUAUAUAUAUAUAUAUAUAUAUAUAUAUAUAUAUAUUAUAUAUUUAUAUAUAUAUAUAUAUAUAUAUAUAUAUAUAUAUAUAUAUAUAUAUAUAUAUAUAUAUAUAUAUAUAUAUAUAUAUAUAUAUAUAUAUAUAUAUAUAUAUAUAUAUAUAUAUAUAUAUAUAUAUAUAUAUAUAUAUAUAAUUAGGUUUCGUUGUUUACAUGUAAACCUGAACUAGCUACUUUGAACAAACGUAAUGAAUUAGUGUCUUCAUGCAGACAUGCGAAAAAAAUUCUUUUAGCUAACAUUUAAAGGGCGUACACUCGAGACAGACAUAUUUUUGUUUUAAAUAUACCGCGCAAUCUUAAUAGCUUGGCGUUAUGCUGAUGUGUUGUUAAUACUUGCGCGUCCUGUCAAUUUUAUCAAGUAACAAAAUAAUUGCUUUGCGUGCUUUGUAAAUAGGAUUAAUUUAAAGCUUUCAUCCACGUGUACAUAAAUACUGUAGGUUUUUUGCUGUAGUCAUAAGGCCAAUUUAUCUGAUGAGUUCCACAUCUUGUGGUACGAAACUAAUAGUAAUAAAGAUGCCUAGUGGAAUUUGUUGAGUCGUUGCACUUAUUUUAUAUAUAUAUACAGGGUGUAUAAAAAAAAGCGCAAUCCUCGACUGAAAUGUAAAUUGCUAAACAAAUAAUAGACGAAAACGUUAAAGUUUACAUUCAUUUUAAAGCGUAGCCAUUCAGCUUUCUAACAGUCGGUUGUUUCUUAAAUUUGACUCAUUGGUUCGCGGGUAAUAAUACUUCACGUUAUUGCGAUUGGAGAUUAACAAAAUUGAGAUGGAAUAACAAAUCGUUCCCAUGAAAAUAACUGAUUUUUCAUUAAAACAAAAAAAUGUUGCAUUUUAAUAAAUGGAUUGUAACAAUAAGUAUAAUUACGGCUUUUCUUCCACUAUUUUUAACACAGUUUGAAACUUCAAAUGCAAUAUAAUUUUGGCUUGGACCAUCUAAGCUGACUGACAUCAGCUUGCUAUAAUUUCUGUUUACAUUACAUCGCAAUUCAAUGACACUCUGGCUCAGACACCAGAAUGUUUUGAUUCUAUGAUUUUUAGCAUUCGUUUAGGAUUUUCAAACAACCUGGUCUCUUUUAAAAUACUUUUAAUUUGUUCUUACGUGGUUUUCCAGAUGUAUAUAUAUAUAUAUAUAUAUAUAUAUAUAUAUAUAUAUAUAUAUAUAUAUAUAUAUAUAUAUAUAUAUAUAUCAGCGUCCAACGCUUUCUCAUUGCCGCUUAUUACAUCUGGAUACGUGGUUCAUGCAAACCAAAUAUAUAUACAAACAACAAACACUUUAUUCUUUAGUGUAAAAUAUUCUGAAAAUAUCAACUAAACAAAGUAACACAACAGAAUCAUAACAGUAUAUAUAAUGCUCCCAUGUAAAUAUGUAUGCAGUACAAUAUUUAACAUUACGUCUUUUUGCAUGGCAUGAUCAAAUUACGUCUUUCAAGAUAAACAAAAAUUGCAGUGGGUUUCUAUAACAAAUGUUUAGUCAAAGUAGCAUAUGCCAGAACACCUGAUUUAGUCAAACAUUGGCAAGUAGUGUUGGAACUACUUAUAUGAGAAAGUGUGUCAAUCAAUCUCACUGACAUACCUAAUUUUAGUGUGCAGUGAUAACCAAUUUGUGCAGUGAUAACUGUAAAAUGUGCAGUUAUAAAAUGUAAAAUGUGCAGUGAUAAAAUUGAGUGCUGUGAUAAAUUGUUAAUUUUAAAAACUGAACAAAAAUGUCUUGUCACUAGAAAGUAUUAAUAAUCAAAACAUUUGAAUGAGAAUAACUUGAAUGAAAUUGAAAUAAUAUUAACUGCCAAAUUAUCGAACGUCAGCACUAAUAUUAUACUAAAGAUUCAUCAAAUGAACAAAGUCUCCCAUCAAAGAUCUCUUUAUGAGCUUGGAUGUUGGAGUGAAUGAUGCUUAAUUUUGGUAAAUAUAUUAGUGUAUAAUCUUCAGGAUUCUAUAGAAUGUCCCCGCACAUUGAAAAAAGGCCCUUUGAGACAUGCUAGAUUACAAAAUUUUCUGUGGCUGCAUGCCCCUGGAAUUCUUUUACAGUUUGUCACAUCUAAGCCGUCUCUUAUUUGCAAAGCAUACGCUGUCAUAGAAAGUCGUAACGGCAGGUGCUGUCCAGGGCGCCCAGAUGGAGGGGGCAAUUUGCGCUGGACCCCAGUUAAAGGUGGCCCAAAAAUGCUUUACAUUGAAAUAUACAUAUAGGUAUAACCGCCAACAAACUUCCAGAAUGCAAGAUUUGUCCAUUUCUGGGACUUGAGAUGCAGUCUGUCUUUUGGUUACACAUCAUUAAAAGGGUGUGUUCACAAAUUUUGAGGGCUUGGCUUCUGCUCGGCUAAACUUUGCACAAAAAUGUGCAGUGAUAAAAAAUUGUUAAAAUUAGGUGUGCUCACUGAAAUACAUUCCUUAAUUCGAUCUUGUCAUUUUGUAAUUGAAGUAAUAUAAUAAUAACUUAUGCUAAUAAUAACUUCAUUUGUUAUUCAUUUGAAAUAAAUCCAAGAAGAAUAAUUGGCUAAUUGCCAUUGUUGAGAUCUUUAUAUUGAUUUGAUGCUUGCUGCAUGACCAUGCAAAUAUUUCGAUAUUCCGGGACUCUAAAUGAAGCAAGUGAGGUACAUUGAAACCAAUGUACUGCACCAAUGCAAUUCAGUGCCUUUUUUAAGGAAUUUCAUUGGGGGGAGGGGCAAAACAGGAAAAAGGGCCGAACGAAAAAUAUGAGCCGUCGAAGUUUGGCGAACGCGCGAGUCUGAAGAGAAAUUUUGUAAAACUUUAAUUUAUUAACUUCAGCUAUAUUUUACUUUAAACAAUAACUUCAACUCUUUGUAGCCUUAAUCCUACAGCUAUAACCAGUGGCGUAUCCAAACCUUAAUUUCGCGGAGGGGGGGGGGAGGGCGAACCUCACGCCAAAGGCGUGAGACCGUCCAGGAGGAUCCGGAAAAUUUUGAAAUCUAGGGUCCCUGAAUUGCGAUUUCAUGCAUUUUGGGGGUGAAAUCUAGCAGAAUUCCGAAGAUUAUAAAGUACAUCGAAGACAUGAAUUUUUCCAGACAUUUCUACUCGGAAUUAAAUAAAUUGGAAUAAAUUCUUUUUAGGUUCUAUGAGACACCAUUUCCGCAUUCUCAAAAUUGCGUUGCUCUUUUAUACGAUACAGAAUAAGUCUGAAAAACAAUAUUCAUGCUAAAAUGAUGCAUACAUGUAUUUAACAGUUAAAAAUCUAAACUAAAUCUAUUCUUCUUGGAACCAUAUCUACAACUGCUUUAACGAGAUUUCACAAAUCAAGUUCCUCCAGUAUAUCGUCUUUUUCCUCAGUCGAGACGUACGUACUUAAUCAGUUUCAGCUUCGAGCAUGUAACGUGUACCCCCCCCCCCCCCCCCCCCAAUUUCUCCACGGAUUUAGCCUUUCUGAGAGAAUGGUUUUUGUGGCGAUUGAGGGGCGGCUCUUAAUAUAACUUGAUAUUUUUAAGAAAAAAAAUUUGCAAUAAAACCUAACAAAACACAACGCCUCUGCGGAGGAGAGUGAUAGGAAAUAGUCGCAAGGCUUGGAAAGGCUAGCAUUUUAUCGGAUUGUUUGCAUGAAAUCUAUCGCUAUUAUGAAAUACUCGGUGAAGAACAAUAUGAAUUCCACACAAGAUGGUUGUGGAGGAGGCUAUGGAAGGGCAUAAUCUCAUUAUCAAGUAAAUCAACUGCAAUUCUGAUAGCAAUCAUGAGCAAUUCUGCUUCGCACUUCGGGGGCAGAAAUGGCUUUACUGGGGGGCAAAUUCUUUCCCUGGCGGGGCAAUUGCCCCCACAGAUAUAUAGUUAAAAAAGGCACUGCAAUGCAUAAUUUAAAUGGAGGUACAUUAAAUAGGCAGUGUCAGUAUGGUAACAAAAAAGUCUUACAUUCAAAAAGUGCACUUGUCAGCAAAUUUUAACACAAUCAUACUCAUUGUGUAAAUUGAUUGAUUAAGUUAUGAUGUAGGGCAACGAGUCGUAUACUAAGCAAAUUUGAACUUCCACACAAAGUGUAGGUCGACGUUUUCCUAUACAAAUUGACCAAAAUUUAAACGAAACCUACAGUGUGCGGCUAUGCCACAUUGCCACCUGAGUUAACUCUUUUACAUUUUUGUUCCAUUUCAUUGACCAUAUGUACAUCUGUUCGAGCUUUUUGUAUUUGUUAUUGCUUUAUUUUGUGCUUUUAUACGGCCAUUCUUUUUCAGUUUUGUGUAAAAUUUGCGAGUGUCAGAAAUGCUCAAAACAACGUUACACAUCCCUUUUAAAGAGUGACGAUCAUGCCAGUGAUCCUUUGUGCGCUUGGCUGCAGAGUAUUUGUACAACCAGAGGUCCCACUGAAGCAAAAUUUUGUCCGCUUGAAAUGUCAUAAAUCGACCGAAUCUAAGCCGCCCUGUCUAGUAGCGACGUUCAGAUUAGACUUCCCAAACCACUACAUGCCUAAACACGAUCAGGUUGUUGUAAUAUUGAUGUAACAGUAUUGAACAAUAUUGUGCUGCUCACAUUGUUCACAGCUGGCAACAAUAUUGUUCAGCAUUGUUACACCGGAUUCAGACUCAAUUUAUUGACAUCAUGCAUUGGUAUUUUUGCACAAGUGAACAUAGCAAAUCCCACACGUUGAUUGGUCAAAUUUGACGUAUUAAGCUGUUAUAUUCACCUACAGGUGAAUGUAACAAAACCGAAAUUUUCAAAAUGGCGGCUAGCUGUUUUAUGGAAGUAAUACUGAUCAAGAAAUAGGGGAAAUUAAAAUAAAUUCAGUCCCAAAAACACAAAAAACGUAAUUUUAUGAUGCAACUUUUAUGGUGCAAAUUUUACUCACGUUUUUGCUUAAAAUUUACAAAUAGGCCUAAUUUUUGCAGUGUAUUAUUCAAUAUUGUUGACAAGUGUAAACAAUUAACGUGUAAAGCACUACUCCUGUUUUAAACAGCAAGCAGCAUGUGACUGGUUAAUCGGGUAAACUAAACAUAUUUGAUUGGUUAAUUUUCCUUUAUGGUAACGGUAAAUGUAGCGGAAGUCAAAUCUGAACCUCGUUACUAUCUCGCUUUGUACCUUACCGGCCAAGCCUGAUAAAACCUUCCGGUACAGUUGUAAUAACCAGGAUGGCGAAGAUUCGGGUGGGCAAGCAAACAUUUUUAUGGACAAAUUAAUCAAUGGUUCCAACAAGAGUGGUACUUCUGGUUGCAUUAAGUAGUCCGUGUCCAAGACAUUUAUGUGCAAUAUUUGACAUUGAAUUUGUAUUGGUCCAUCAAUUUAUAAGACUCUUUUUGAAAAGCAAUUUGUACUUUUAAACAAAGUAAUAAGUCAUUACAUUUUGUGAAAUGUUGUGUUAUGUUGAUGCAAAACGUUGGUAAAGAAAGAAUAUUAAUGAGAUAUAGUCGAAUGUAAACAUCAAAUGUAAACACAAGCGCGCAAAGGAUCACAGGCAAGAUACUCACUCUUUGAAACCAAUAAAUAAAGAACAUGUUGAAACACGAAACAGAAUGACGUCGCAUACUCGGAUAGUAUAAUUUAAACUAGAAAUACUGACAUGAAUUCAGCAACCCCUCGCAUGCAUUAUCCUGCAAAUAAAUGGAUAGAAUGCUGCACAAAAAAGCAAUUUUUUGUGUGACAUUGGGCAAAAAUAUUUAGCAUCUCAUCUGUUUAUAGUGAGAUGUCACGGUUUGCAUGGUAAAGUACUUGCCUUUGUAUUGAUAUAAGAACCAUACAUACAAAUGUUUGAAAAAAAUCUCACCUUUAAUUUGCCUAGCUGCAUGGCCUUAAAACAAGGUGAAAUUUAUUUAUUUAAAUUACCCUAACACUUACAAAACAGGUUUCCUUCAUAUAAUAAUAAUAAUAAUAACAAUAAUAUUUAUUCAGGAAGCUCCACUCACCGAAGAGUUUUUCAGGGAGGUCCUGUAAUAUAUAUCUAUAUUAUACAUGGUAUUCAUAAACUAUAUGUCUAUGCUUAUUUAAAAACUAUAAAAUAUUCACAAGUGGAUUAUAUAUAAUUAUACUUCAUAGUUUGAAAAAACUCAACUUAAUUAGAUAAAUUGUUCAACUUAAUUAGAUAAAUUGUUUUAGUUUGGAUUUAAAGAGAUUAAGAUUAGUAGAUUGUUUCAGUUUAUAUAUAAGCACCUAACAACAGGCCAGGACUGCCGAUUUCUAUUUUAUCUCAUCAUAUAAUAUUUUUAUUGUGGAAAAUACUUUUUAUUUAUGCAUACGAAGCGUCCCCCCUCUCCAAUUUGUCCUAGAGAGUCGGGCAUUGUUGUGGAGCAAAGGUUCACAAAAAAUAUAACUAUGAAAUAGGUUUGUGCAAAUAAACAAUGUUGGUAUUUUUGUUCCAACCCCUUAUAUUUUUGGCAUUCAGGUAGGCCCAUGUUAAUAUAUACAAGAGAACUGGCUAGUACUUCAUAUAUGCCCAUUAUUAAUUGGAUAAUAUUUGGCAUACACGAAGUACUUACCCAAGAUUUUUAUUAUGUAUUAUGUAUAUAAUUAACAUAGGUACACAUAUGACGCAGCCGCAUUUGCUUGGCUGCCUAUGGUUGCGUGCUACUUUUUAGGGUUAGCCGGAUUAGCCCAGUAAACUGGGUAUAUGGCCUAGAUGGCAAGUGCUAAUUUAAUUCUAUUUAUUCAUAUAUUGAUGUGAUGUGAAUUCUCCUAAUAUUUAGUGAAUAAAUAAAAUUUGUGUUUAAUUUUUAUUUGAAAGUGACAGAAGUUAGAAACAGGGUAAAUACUCCAACUGACACUGCCCUAACUCCCACUUCUUUACUUGGCAAAAUAGCAUUUUACAAAUUCAAAUUCUAGCAAACUGGGCAGGCCUGCCCUUCAUUUUUACAAAAAUAUAUAUCCAAUAUGAGGCAGUCCUCGGCACUUACAAGCUAGCCCAAAACCAGCCAGGCCAGCAUAUAAGAACUCGUUCUUUAAUAGAGCCUGUUUAUAUGGAGGCAAGUUACCCGGUUCACUGAGUUACUUGCUUUAAAUUCAGCUACAAUAUGAAAAUUGUGUUAUUUGGGUAACCUCCUAGCUGAGUUCUGAGAUAGCAGGCGAGAUAAAGGUUUUAGAAUGUCUUAGCACGUACUGUUUUGAUUUUUGAUUUUUGAAACCUGAUAACCUGGAUAAAAGUCAAAUUCCGAGUAACUUACUUCCAUAUAAACAGAUCACUUGUCUGUCCUGGGGAGGUAAGUCGAGCAACAAUCCAUGUUAUGACCAGGCCAUUAGAGUAAUAGUUAAAGGAAUCUGAGAUAAAUUUACAAAUUGUAUGGUUCAGUUAGUGGAUAAUAUGCCUACUGCUGGGAUAAAAAACUUUUCAUACACAGCGGUAAAUAUAUUAGUUGAAAGAAUUCCAGAGUCAUCACAACGAUUUUUUUUCAGUCAUAUGCAUGGACGAGAAAUAAGCAACGACUAAAGGCGGUUUUCCACUAGGCGAAAUACAUGUUGUCGUUUAGUGAAUUGUGUGCGAGGUAAGCUUAUUGAUAAUUUCUUCCAAAUUUUGUUUUAUUUUGUCAUAAAAAGCGAUAACAUAUAAUAUGAAAAAUUUAAGAUAACAGUUUUAGAAAUGCAAAUAAAUGAAAAUAUGCUGUAUAUAUCAGUCCUAGACUGGUAUUUCAUGUGAAUUUUAUAGCACGAACGUUUUGUGCACAUUAUCUGAUUGCUAAUGGAAUUAAAGGCAUAACAAUUUUAUUCUUUCUAGCACUGUAUUUCAAAAGCAAGCUUUUGCCAAAUAAAUUUCCACAUUCUCUGUUUUUUUUAUAGUACGUACAUGCAACAUUCUGAAUCCAAGGUUGGGUCUCUUCAUGCAGAAUUGAUAGUAUAGAUUUUUCAUGAAGAUUUCCAUGUUGGUUGUUCAAGCCAGCCAAGUUCCAAAGGAUGUACGUGACAAAUGAAACCACUGGCCUCUUCAAGAUAAGAAGCCUCGACGUUGCAAAAACACUGGUUGUAGCAGAAUAACCAGUUUUUGUCCUCAAAGUGCCGAGUGUACCUGUGCGUAACAGGGACAACAUGCUUUUUGGAUUACCAUGGCAUAACUUCUAAAUAACUGUACCAUUCUUGUAAAUAUUAUAUGAUUUUCAUUAUACUCAGAUAAUUAAAAAAUAUAUUUUUCAUUCCAUAAAUUUCUGAUGUGUCUGAUGUCAACAUAUGUGCACAAAACAUAUAUCCGAAACUAGCUUACUUAUGGCCGAAAAAAAUACCAAUAUUUGUUCAUCAAUGUGAAUUUACGCAUAUACAAUAGUUUUCACAUUUUAAAUAUUUUUUUAGUCCCAGGCAAUAAAGGGUUAAUAGCCUGUUUGCAUGCAUGGAUAAAAUUCUCGAUCAUACAAUGGUUUGCUCAUACUUAUACCAACUGGUGCACUGGGUUUAGUCGUAACAUUUAAAAAUUGUUGUAUCUUCGCUUUGCCAAGUUCAGUAAAUAAAAAUGAAGGACAUCUCAUUGUCACGGCAAUUGCAGGCAUUAACACACAGUUGGCCUCAAAAGAAAAAAAAGGCUAGCCUUAAAGGAGCUCUACAGUAAUUUUUUACGGACUUGCCACCUUAAGUUAGAGAACUCUACCGGGAGGUUUUUUAAUAACAUGCGAAUUAUGAUCGUCAUGUAGUAAAAAUGAAACAAAACAAAAGGUAUAACCCAUGCCUAAGGUGGCAAAGCCAUAAAGAAUUCACUGUAGGGCCCCUUAAAUACAAAGAACGUUUUUAAAAUACAAUUUAACAUACAAAUUUGAGUGCUGAAAAGUCCUUGAAAUCCUCAUAAAAUCCACACUGAUUCAUGAAAAGUUUUUAAAUUUCAUUGCUAGCAAAAAGCACAGAAUAAAGAUAAGUAACAGAAGGGCCACUUACGUCGGAAGCUAUGAAGUUUCUGUCCUCGCGCAUGUCGCAUUGCGCAUGUUGGCCGCCAUUUUCCUAGCCAGUCAAUGACAUUUUCUGGCCAAUAAACGCCCUGUACUGGCUGGCCGAUCCGCCUUCUGGCCAGUAAACUGCAUACUUUGCAUAUAAAAAACGAGGACACGUUGCGCCGCUGAGUGGCCCUUCUGUUACUGUCUUACUGAUCUUUAUUCUGUGUUUAAAGUCUAUUUAUAUGUAUUUCUUUUCACGUAAACUGUAAGAAGUCUCAUAGUUAAUGCUGAAAUUACAGCACGAAACCUGACACUAUUGCAAUGAUCUUUAAUAAAAAGUGAAUUUUCGAGAGAAAUAUUCAUAAUCAGUCAUUUUCGUCAAGAAAUGUUUCUACGUUUCUGAAUUGAAAGAAUAUUCCGAUCAACAUUCUGGUGACUAAUCGUAACCAAAUUCUCAUUGGAAAUUCUCAUGCGAACCUUAAAGCUGCAGUCAUAUCUUAAAAAAUUAAGGCAACCGAGCUAGAUCGGCUUAUGUUUAUCGUCCAUAAGACUGACAAUAAUUCUUGGAGCAGCGUUACAGAAAUCAGUUCAAUGUCUCUCGAGCGUUCUUUCAAGGCAUGUUUUCUUCUGCCGUUUUAAUUAUUUCUUCCAAUGUUCUUACACUGCUUGGAUGUAACAACUCUUUCAUCUCCAUUGCCGUAUUAGCAUGUUUCGCAGCUUCUUGACAAUCAGGUUUCCAGAGACGACACAUUCUCGCCAACGCAAAAUACACAUUGGCUCUGCAAAGGGUGCCUCGUUCAGCAAGCUUAUCAGCUAUAUCGCGAGCUUCUUUUAACAUAUCCACCGAUUCAUCAAAGCGACUAAGAAAAGAAAGGCACGAGCCAUAAUUCUUGAGCAAGUACACAAAAGGCUCGUUAGAAUCAAGUUUUAGUUUCCUGCGCAGUUGUAUGGCAUCGGAAUAAUGCGGCAACGCCUCUUCGUUCUUCCACAUGGUAAAGUAUAAGUCUCCUAAAUAUUUAUGACAAGCACUCGUUAAUUCAUGAUCACCCAACAACUCUUUAGCUGAUGACAAAGCUUGAUUGUAAAAUGAUUUUGCACAUUCCAGGUAUUCCUUAUACUUAAUUUUAUCCGAGUGGAAUAAUUUAGUUCCACGUUUUUUGUUCAAAUGUCCACGCUCGAUUAAGAUAAGUGUCUCGGCAACUUUAUCGAUAGAACUUCGAUCUUUAUCUUCGGACAAAGACUCAAGAUCAUCUUCUGGAAGAUCAAGACAUGGUGUAUUUGUUGCUAUGCUAGAAUAAUAUCGAGCAUAAAAAUAGUAACAAAACUGAUGUAAGGACCUGACCUCUUUAAGCACUGUUUCAUUUCUGUCAAAGAGUUCCUUGAUAUGCUCCAUUCUGUCGAUGUAUUCAGGAGAUUUCCAUGCAGAUUUGUGUCCUUCUUGGAUUGCUACGAGACACUGAAAUGUGAUCUCAAUUGUUAGUUGCUUUCGACGUCCCGCUAGCUUUAUACAGAAUUCAUGGAAAUUCCUUAAAACAGUCCGUGGAAGAAGAUCCCAGCCAAAGUUGGAAAAGAACCUCGAUGAAGAAUUAUAAAUAUCACUUCUUGCCAAGGAUUCGAUGACGUUUGGAUUCAGAUUUGUUGCUUCAUUUUGGCAGCAGAUUUUUAACGUUUCUUCGACAUUGUGGGCGUCUUUUUUCAGUAGUUUUCGGGCAUCGGUAAAUCCGUCGUUGGAGUAAGAUUUCAUGGUCCACAAAUGGCACAACGUUAGAAAGUGCCUCACCAUCAAUCCUUCUCCUAUUGCCUUUUCAUUUUGAUGUUGAUUAUGAUCGCCCAGAAAUCGCCGAAUAAGCGAGUGAAUCACGAAGCGCUUAUCACUGCUACUCUGUAUUAAACUCCGAUCUACGAGCUGCUCUAAGAAAUCUUGGGUUUCCAACCCAUCUCUCUCGAUAACCUCUUGAGCAGACUUCUUUUGGAAAUUUCCAUUGAAUACUGAAAGACGAGCGAAUGCUUUCUUGUCUUCAUUACUCAACAUUUGAAACGAAAACUCGAUGGCUUUUCGGACGCACUGCGUUUUGUCAGUUGACUGUAAAGCUUUCAUAGGCUUCUCUUUUAACCAUUGAAUUAACUCAGUUGGAUCAUCUAGACGUGGAAUUCUAGAUCCUGUGAUACAUAAAGCGAGAGGAAUAAAACCACACAGGUUAGCCAAGUCACACAAGUAACCAUCUCUUACUCCUGUAUUAGGGCAGCACUUCCUCAAAAGUUCGACACUAGAAUUUUCAUCCAACUCUCCUAUCUGAAUGCUUUUAGGGGGUUGGUUAGGAAUUGAGAAUGCGGUUCUUGUCGUUGCUAGGAUCUGCAACUGUUGCUGUGAAUUCUUGCGGAGCGUCACCACUAACUCAGUAAAUUCGGAUUUUACUUCUUCUUCAAGCAAUUGCUCGAUGUUAUCCAUGACAAGGAUGACUCUCUCCUUAAUAUUCCUUAACCACAGCGUAAACGAUAAUUUAGAAUCGUCUCCAGGAUUAACGCCAACGUCUUGACAAAGACGUAGAAAAACAUCAGACACAGUUGAAACAUUUGACAGGUAUGAGAAAAUGACGAUGAUGUCAUGAUUAUCGCAAAGAUGAUGGGAGACUUCAAUUGCAACGGUGCUUUUGCCAAACCCUGGACCACCAACAAUGGAGACAAUUCCACAGCCGUUCUCCGUCAAGGAAGAAAUAAUUUCCUUUACUUCGGCGUCACGCCCAAUGAACGUACAAGGUUUGUCAGGUAUGCAGUUUUUUAUUUGCGCCCGUCGUCCAGUUUCUUGAACAUUCGAUAUUUGUAAUUGGCUGAUGAGUUUUUCGAGAUUCUCCAACUUUUUCUCGUUUUCCUUGAUGAUCUGUCGGUCGGAGAUUUGAUUUUCUUUUAAUUGGCAGACAUCUGCAACUAACUCAUCGCGCAGCAAAUUUACAGCAUCUAACUCGCCUUUUACGACAUUGGUUAUUCCGUUAGUUUGUACAAACUUGAUCUCCUUUAUACACUCUUUGACUUCAAUACAGCUGAAAACAAUAUCAAGGUCGGCAAGAAUCUUAUUGGCAGUGUCAAAAGCGUUGUUAAGAUCAGCAUCGGUUAACUCUUGAUUUGGUGCAUGCGCCCAAGGAUUUCUAACUCCUGAACGAAGCUUUCUAAUAAGAUCGAGAUCCACACGCUUGUCUGGAAAAAAAAUUGCAUCAUUCACCCACUCAAGGACGUUUAGAAGAGAUGACAUAUCAGUUGAUCCUGCGUCUUUGACGGUUCCUUUGUUGUCUCCAAGGAUAGGCAUAAAAAACUUGGCUACCUCCCAUUGAUCAACAGGCCACUUUGAUGUGUCACAGUUUUCACGCCAUUUUGUCUGUCGUUUAUCUCUAUUUCUAUGCCAUUUAGCAAGCUCCUGGUACCAUUGGUUGCAAGAGUGGCAAAGUUUUUUAUGAGCUGUUUUUUUCUUGCACACUAUAGGAUUUGUGCAUCGCCCUUUUAGAAGGCAACACAGCUUAACAUGCCAAUUUUUCACGAUCUGCCCAGUGUACAAAGCAACAGGUUUCCUAAUUAGAUUAAUUACUUCUGCAACGGUUAUCCAGUUGUUGUGAUCGUUGGACGGAUUCAUUUUUGGAGAAGUAGAAUUCUUAAAAGUAAAGCAAAUAAAAUAUAUUAAACAAAUGGAACAAAAAUCAGUUAACCAAAAUGGACCCUACUAAAACCCAAUUCGAAAAUUAAGAAAACGUUUUAGCGUAAAAAUGUGGCAAUAACACUUUUGCAUCCAUACCGUAUACUAUAAGCGCUUGGCUUAUAUACUUUCGUAACCAAUUUUUAAUGGGCUUAUAUACAAGGGGGGAGGGCUUAUAUACGGGUGGGCUUAUACAUGAUCGAUCUUUUGUGCUAGUAAUAAACAUGCAAGUCAGAUAUAAACAAGUCAGUCAUAAACAGGGAAAUAAACGUGUAUUAAGCAGCGAUUACUGGGAUUAUAUUAAUUGGGGGACUUAUAUUCGGGGGGCUUAUAUUCGGGGGCUUAUAUUCGGGAGGCUUAUAUUCGGGUGGGCUUAUUUUCUGGAGGGGGCUUAUAUUAUAUUUGGAAUGAGUUGAGCGUUAGUACAUGUGGUGGGCUUAUACACGGAGGGGGGAGCUUAUAUUCGGGGGGGGGGGGCUUAUAGUCGUAGGUUUACAGUAUUCAAUAAAAAAAGUAUUAUUGCAUGUUAUAAAGCGCAAGCCGCAGCGCGAACGCAAACUUUAGGCACUUCAAAGAACAAGCAAAUUUAAUGCAAAUUUAAUUUAUCAAACCUAAAUUAAACGGCAAUUUAGCAAUAUCACUGCUAAGCACUAACAGUGUUGUACAGACACCAAAUUUAUCAUGGCCGUACGGGAAGGAAAAAAUUAGGUGGGCGGAAAGAAAUUUGUCCGACUUUUUCGGAUUGUGCCCGAGUUGUCAAAAAAAAUUUUCCGGAGUAUCUUUCCAAAAUUGUUGUCGACUGGGGGGGGGGAGGAGGAGGAGUGCCAUUACGAAAAAUUCCUAUUAGAUAGCAUAUUUCCCACAAAAUUUGUCCCAUUUAUUUUUAUAAUUAGCCAAUAUUGACCAACUGUGAAGCGAAUAUUGCCCGACUGGCUUUGUUUACCUAACAAGGGCGGGGGGGGGGCACCCCCCCUCUAUAUGUCAGGAACAUUCUUUCGUUAGACUUGUUUUUUGGGGUUUUUUUUUCGCACACGUUUGCUUUGUGGCGGGCAUUACGUCUGAGACUGAAAUGUUUAUACAUUUGAAAACAACUUAACAUUGUCUCGCUCCUUCCUAGCUGUGUAUAAUGAAUAUAACGUCAAAAUAAUAUCGGCACUUAAUUGAAUUGGAUGCCCGUAGUGCAUAACAUCAAUUUAUUUAUUGAUAGAGUCUCAAAGAUUUUCACGAUUAUAUUUACGUCUGAAAUGUUUAUACAUUUAAAAACAAAACUGUCUCGCUCCUUGCUAUAGCUCUGUAUAAUGAAUAUAACGUCAACAUAAUAUCGGCACUUAAUUGAAUGCCCGUAUACUGCGUAACAUCAAUUUAUAUAUAUUGCGUAGAUUCUCAAAGAUUUACUCAAUAUUCACGUCUGAAAUGUUUUUACAUUUAAAAACAACACUCUGUCGCUCCCUCAUAGCAUCGUCACGCCAUCGUGAUAUACAAGGCUUGAUAGCACAUACGCAUUUGCGCUGCUAAAGAAGAAAUCGGGUGUUCCGGGGUAAAGAUCCUUUAUACAAAGUGAGAAGCGAAAUAAAUUUAAAAAUAAAAUGAAAUAAAUUUAAAUUUUAUUUAUUUUUUUUUACAAUUUUCAAAACUUUAUAAAUUCGACAAUGAUUCCUCGAAAUUUUUGUGAACUUGGCAAAAGGACAAAACAGUACCGGGUGUCCCAAAAAAAAGUAAUCCUGUUUGAUUCGUAAUAACUUCUAAACAAGUAAAGCUUUUAAAGAGAAAUAACUUGCAUCAAAUAGAGGAAUGACUAACUUAAAUUUUGAUAUAUUACAGUUGUAUUUAACUUAAAAAUUCACGGAGAUAUUAAUGUUCAAAAUCGGCAGCAUAUUUUGGGAUGUGUCAAAAUUAGCGAAAAUCGCCAUAUCAAAUAUUAACUCCAGCGUUUGUUUGCUUAAUGACAUAUCAGGCUAACUUGUAUUUCAGCGAAUUAUCGUUAGGGUUUGUAAGGGAUAUGGCGUAGAUUUAGACAUCUUACAUGUAAGUCUUAGCUCAUUGUUUCCUGAAAUAUGAACGUUUGAAAUUAUGCAAGUAUUUAAUAUUAGGUCUUUACGAACUUAAAUGUACAUGAAAGACUGACCAUGGAAGGCAGGCGCUUAAAUUUUUCGUAUUCUUAAAUAGCCUAAUUUUUUUAUGUUUUUAAUGGGUUCAAACAGACUGAGUAGAUUAUUUCUCGGUUAGAGCAGGAUGAAUAUUAUUCUUUAUUGAAGGAAAUAAUAUUGCUUUUUGCAAAUACACAUCACCGUAUCAACGCUACUAUUUUGUUACGUUUUGUUCCAAAAGUGUUGCAUGUCUCUGGGGAGUUGCUUAAUUGUUAUGUCUUAUGGAGUUGUAUGGUUUGAUUGUGUUUCAUAUAAUUCUCAGUUUACUCUGAACUUGCCAAGAUUAAGAAAAGGCAAAAGAGUUUGGGUGUAAGAUUUCAGAACGUUGCAGAAGUUAGAAGAGCUUCACAAUUCCGUUGUGACGGCAUGCCCUAAUUCAGAACUACGAACGAUCCAUGACGAUCCUUCGCGAUGCAGUGGUCUCAUGAAAUAAGGAAACGUAUUCGUGCUAGGAACACACGCGAAUUUCGGACGAAUAAAUCGUGCUUGUACUUUGUAGAUAUAAUAAUACUUUGUUUCAUAAUAAACAAUUUGUCAAGUGUCAUUUGUUUACUGGUAAUAGUGCAUGUUUCAGUCGGGCAAAUCUUGAUUAAUAUUUGAUACGCCGUUUUUUGCAUAUUUCAGACACAUCCAGAAAUAUGCUCCCGAUUUUAAAGAUUAAUAUCUCCGUGAAUUUUUAAGUAAAAUACAACUGUAAUAUAUCAAAAUCUAAGUUAGUCCUUCCUCUAUUUGAUGCAAAUUAUUUCUCUUUAAAAGCUUUACUUGUUUAGACGUUAUUACGAAUCAAACAGGAGUACUUUUUUUUGGGACACCCGGUAUAUUUAAAUAAAACACGUGAAAUUGCCUAAAUAACUUUCAAAGCACAGACUAAGUACAAUAAAUCACGACAAACAUAAAUUGUAUACACCCCACGGAAAGUUUACUCUCUGCCUGUAUGUAUGGAUAGAUAGGAUAGAUAUAUAGAUGUUUGAAUACAUGCCUUGUCUCAAUUUGCCACCUACAGCAAAAGUGCAAAAGUCAAAUUUUGCACUAAAAAGGUUUAAAUAUGCAUACAAGGCUUAAUGUUCUCAAUAAAAUUCCGACGCAAAGCCGAGUUAAAUAAAAUAAAGGAAAAAGGCCAAUAUAGGCCACCCCCACCUUGCAUGCCUCCUUUUAAAUUCAUAUAAAAAUUAAAACACUUCAAUAUAUUUGCGUCCGGUCAUAAAGUAUGUAUACUGGGGGGGGGGGGAUAUUUAAUAUGAUUAUAACCGUCGGAAAAUAUUUAAUGCCCCUCCCCUCAAAGAAGAUGAAAUGUUUCGUAUCCCCGCCCCCUCCCGAACACUCAACCAAUCACGCUCUCCCAAAACAAAUUUAAAAAAUUAUGUGCAAAUUAUUGCAAUGCAUCGUUUGUUGCUGCCGAAGGCAGCACACUAUUCUUAACAUGAAGUUUCGCGUUUACUUGUGCCCAGUCUCUUUGCUCGAGUUAUGUAUUGUCGAGAUUCCGAAUUUUUGUCUGUCUGUCGGAUGUUUCAGGUCGUAUCUCCGGGAAAAUAAUUAAGGCUUCAGGAAUUUUUUUAAACGAGGGUGGGGGCGGUCAAACUUUAUUUUGUAUUGUACACGGAUCAUGUUUUUAUCAAUAUUGCCAGUAUUAACGCUAGCUUAUUUAGUAUACAUUUUCAUGAUGCAAAACAUCGCCAAUAUUUUCAAUAAUUCAGGUGGGGAUAGCUUUAUUUCUUUCUGGUACCGGUAAUAUAUAUGAAGCCGAAUGUAUAUAUAUAUUCAAUUUGUAUAGGUAAUCAUGCGAUGGCGAGUACAAUUAUGGCAUCACGAAUAUACUAUUAACCCUAAUUGUACGAGCAACAUCGCAUGAUUACUUGUUUAUUAUUAGCAUGACAAAAUUGGAUACUUCUCAAUAUCAACAUCAUAUUCUCUCGCCAGUCCUGCUAGACUAUGGACCAAAAUUUGGCAUUUUUGUUCGUAUUUUAUUUAGGCCUUUUGUUAAAGCAACAUUUGGUGGCCUUUGGUGCUUUUGUUCGUAUUUUCAUUUAAUUCCUCUAGGGCAAUUUCAUUUCACAUUUGUCAUAUUUUGUUAAAAUACCUUUCCGCCAUUUUGUUUGUUUUAGAAAAACCAUUAAUUGUACUCCAGUACAAUUAAUGAUGGUAAUAGAACGAAUAGGAGUGCUAUUAAUGCCAUAAUCAUACGAGUGAUUACAAAAUCAACCGACCGCGUAGCGGGAGGUUGAUUUGUUAAUCACGAGUAUGAUUAUGGCAUUAAUAGUACGACUUAAUUCGUUCUAUUACUUAUUAAUUAUUUAUCUUCUGUAAUCAAACUGUUUAAGGGGGAAAAGCAGAAAAAUACAAUUUGUUGAAAUUCAAUAUAAUUUUUAAAUUUUUGUCACGACAAUUCUUAGUGAAAUAGUACAAUUUUGAAUUAUUAUUUAUCAUAUAUAAUCAAAUUAACAUAUUAUUAACUUCCGGGCAUUAUUUCCGGUAUAACCACAUGACAACAUUUGUUUGAAUUAUUCAAAACACAAUUGGGAAGCCAUGUUUGUAUGUUUAUAACGUGUUCAAAAUAGUGAAGUUCUUUAGUUCAAUUAAUCAUCUGAAUUGGAUUGUGUCUAGUUCGGUGUCUUCUGCUGGAUGAACAGGUAGGUCAUUUUCGUCAGAAAAUAUAUAAUUUAACAACCCUCGAAAACGAGAUCGGCAUUCGGCAAUGCCGACCUUCAGUAUUAAAAUGCCGACCUAUCAACCUCCCAUGUCGGCAAUGUUUUGCCGACCUUAAUUCAGCCAAAGUAAGAAUCUUUUUGGUUCUUAUAGUUGUUAAAAAGUCAGCGAUUAUAGAAUUCGAUGCACUUUGGUGUAAGGUUUAAGAAUUAACGGGUAUAUUUAUGAUAUAAUUUAGGUAAAACUCUAAAAGAAAAGGCUUCGUGACAUUUAUACUUUUCAAUGAUUCGUAAAUACGUGAUUACUAGUGCAGGCUACUAGUGCUCCAAGACAUGGAAACAGAUUUAAAAAAAUGCCGAGAUAGGUCAGAUUUAGGUCGGCAUUUUUUUUCCGACCUCAAUUUUGACGGUUUUCGAGGGCUGAUUUAAAAAUUAAAAGGGCAAAAUUUGUGAAUUCCUCCAUUUUGAAUUUUUUACAGCAAUAAAUAAAAUAAAAUUCAAAGUUUGUAUCCUGAGUGCUGAUUGGCUAGUGUAAAUACUAGACUGAUUUUCAUUGGCUGUAGACAAGAGUGCGAUUACAGCUCAGAAAAGGUGCGAUUAAUGCUCAAAUCGCACUCCUGUAAACCAAUGAAAUUGCAGUAUUUGCCACUGAUUACAGAAGAUAAAUAAUUAAUGAAAUAAUUGUACUCCUCUCAACCAAUCAGCAUCCAGUAAUUUUGAACUCAUGAGAUAAAAUCCUAAAUAUGAACUCAUAAAAUAAAAAAUUCAAAUUCUAGUUCAGGAUAUGAUGGUAUAAGUCUACAAGUCAUCAAGAACAUUUCUAAUGAAAUUUUUGAACCUCUGUCACACAUAUUUAACCUAACUAGUUCUCAGUGGAACUAUUCCUGAUAACCAAAAAGUAGCUCUACUUUCAAAGCGAAUGAAAAUGAAUUUAAAAAUUAUCGACCCAUAUCUGUUCUCACCUGUUUCUCAAAAUUAUUAGAAAAACUCAUGUACAAGAGAUUAAUUAAAAUUAUAGAAAAAAAUAAAAUCUUUACCAAACAUCAAUAUGAUUUUAGAGCGAACAGAUCCACUUAACUUGAAAUCAUUGAACUUAUACUGACAGAAUUACUAAAGCAAUUGACAAUGGAGAAUACACUAUAGAUAUAUUCCUUGACUUGUAAAAAGCAUUUGACACAAUUAAUUAAUCACAAGAUUCUGGUUCAGAAACUAGCACAUAUGGUAUACGCGGAACAACACAUCUAAGGUUUCAAGAUUAUUUAACUAAUAGAAAACAAAUUGUUAAAUACAACAAAGUCAGGUCAAAAGAGAUGGUACUUAAAACUGGUGUUCCACAAGGAUCAAUACGUGGACCAAUUCUAUUCCUAUUAUAUAUAAAUGAUAUUGAGCAUAGCAGUAAAUUACUUUCAUUUAUAUUGUUUGCAGAUGAUACCAAUAUAUUUUAUAGCAACAGCUGUGUCAAGUCACUUAAUACAAUUAUUCAAGUGGAAAUUAAUAAAGUUGCUGAAUGGCUAAAUGUGAAUAAAAUCUCUGUAAAUGUAAAGAAAACCAAAUUUAUUCUAUUUAGGUCUUCAAAUAAGAAACCAAAACAUCAGAUAAAAAUAAACCUAAACAAUAAAAAUAUAGAACAAGCUAAAAGUACAACCUUUCUUGGUAUUAUUAUUGAUGAAUGUCUGACCUGGAAAGACCAUAUUGCUCAGGUGGCAAAGAAAAUUAUAAGAGCUUCUGGCAUAAAAAUUAGACUUUUUGUAACCCAAAAUACAGGAAAAUUAAUUUACUAUGAAUUAGUCUAUCCAUAUCUUAUCUACGGCAACUUGAUUUGGGGUAAUACCUACAAAACCCAAAUACAAAAAAUAAUGAAUAUACAGAAAAAAAAUUGUUCGACUGAUAACAUUUAAAUCGUAUUUGGAACAUACUGAGCCUAUUUUCAAAGAAUUAGGCAUCCUAGAUAUUUUCAAAAUAAUUUUUACGGAAACCAGACUGACACGAACUCAGAAUAUUAUUUUCAGUUAAAAAGGAAUUCAGCUGUAUACAGACAAGUUUCUCAAAUAACUUAGCAAUAAUCGAAAGAAAGAACGGAAAUCGGUCUAUAAUUGCCUCGAUUUUUUUUGUCACCAGAUUUAUGAAUUGGAGAAAUUCUUGCAGUCUUAAGACGUCUUUAAUUUCUCCAGUGCAUUUAACACUUCAUUGAUAUUAAUGUUUUCGAAAUUGAACUUAUGUUGAGUUUUAAAUUUCAUAUAACGUUUAAAAUCUGUGUUAGUUUCCGUGAUCUGGUUCGACAGAUUUGGUCCUAUAUCAGUAAAAUAUUCAUUUAACAAAUCAGCUAUAGUUUCAUUUUCAGUAAUAACCUGUUCGUCUAUUUGUAGUACUGAUAUAUUUGUUGAUCUAGAAUUUUUAUUAACUGACUGAUUACUAUGUUUCCAUGCACAUUUGCUUUGUAUUAUUUCUGUUUCUGUCAACACAGUUUGUGUAAUAAUCUCGCUUUGCAUACAUAAUUUUUUUGUUAAUCUCAUUGCGAAGACUUUUGUAAGCAUUGUGGCAUGCAGUUGAGUUUGUCUUAAUAGCUUUCUUCUUGAGAUAAUCUCGGCUAUUCAUACUUUUCUUAAUUGCGUCAGUCAGCCACGGUGCCUUUCUGUUUCUAACUUUACGGCUUUGAAGUGGAGCAUGAAUGUCAGCAACAUAAUGGAAUGUUGUUUGAAAGUUCUCCCAAAGCAUAUUUGGAUCAUUUAUCAGUCCCAAUUUAAAUUAGAUAAAGCAUGGUAUAAGUCUUGGUUAAAGUCUCGCUGUAUGUAGUUUUUAAAAUUUCUUGACUCAACAAAUUUGGGUCAUUUUUUACAAAACGAAAUUUUUCUACAAACGUAGAUCAAGCUAUGGUCACUUAUUCCAACAUGCAAUACUCCUGAGUGCGAAAUCUUUUCAGGAUUGUUUACAAGAGCGACAUCCAAAAGAGAAGCUGUUUUUCGGUAAUUCGUGUAGGCUGGUCAAUCAACUGUGUCAGCUGGAAUAUAUUAACUAUAUCAUUAAAACGUUUAGUGUGAUUGCUUAAAUUGUUGGAUAACAAAUCACAAUUUAAAUCGCCAACGAUAAUUAGUUCUUUAUGUUCGUUGUCAAGGUUUUGAAAUAAUACUUCAAUUUUAUCAAGCAGGAAUUCAAUUUGCGAAUUCGGUGGCCUAUAUGCAGAUGCAAGGUUUAGAUUUUGGCUUAAUAAUUUCGAGGCAAACAGCCCUGACGUCCUCUGGGACUAAAUCAUCUCUAUCAAUUACGUUCAAAAUACUGCGAUGGUAAAUUGCAACACCGCCUGCUUGCCGAUUACGAUUUUUGGCAACCAUGUCGUAACCGGGUAUACUAACAGUAUCUGUACUAAUUGUUUCAUCCAAACGAGUUUCGUUAAUGCUCAAAACAUCCAGUGGUUCUUUUUCCAAGUAUAUUUUUAAUUCAUCAACAUGCUUGACUAACGAAGCGAUGUUUAAAUGCCCAACUCUAAAUCCUUUCAAAGAUUGUAAAAAUGUAAUGCUAUUUUCACACUUUGUUUUUUUCACACGUGCACUUAUAUGAGGAAUGUUAUAGGCAUCUUGUGAUUCAAUAUCAGGUUGUUUAUACCCUCCCACGUUUUUCUCAUAUUUGUAAGAUUAUUGUUGAAAUAUUCGUGGAAAUAAGAUUUUUUUGAAAAGUUGUGUUAAUUAAGAUUGUUGUUUUGUUUCGAUAUAUAAUUGGUAUACUUAAUACAUGGUUUAGAAAAUUGCCCUAUCACAAGUUUAGAAAUAAAUUUUGAUGAAUAAUGGGGCAUAUUUGUUUGUUAAAUUGUUUACUUUAUCGUAAAAAGUGAUGAAUAAUUUGCCUAUAUUGUUCCUUUUAUUCCCGAUUUGUGCUAAAUUAACAUUAUUAAAGGGAAAUGGCAAUAUAUAUUUUUUAUUUUCUCAUUUGAAAGAACUUACCGAUUCUUCAUAUCUUGCUUAGUUCUUGAAAUAUUUUCAUUAUUAUCGUUGCUGACCAAAUAUUGAUUGUUAGAUGUUUUAAUGGUUUCAAGUGAUCUUGAUAUUUCUAAGAGUAGACAGAGUAUAAUUUUGAGUGCAAAAUGAUCAGUGGUUGCCUAGAUAAAAAUAUUGCGUUACGUAAACCCGUUUUGUGACGUAACAUGCUACCUCCUCCGCAGGCCUUUCAAAAAAAUAAAAUUGGUGCAUGGGAAACGAACGGAAUGGCCUGCGGACUAAUUUUUCAAAAUGACGGGAGCCACAAACCAAAUUAUAUUUAAUAUAUCAUUUUACCAGAACAAUAUUAUUAAAGUCUCUAACUACUUCUGAUAUAGACCGCUUUUCGUAUCCGCAACAUACAUAAAAACAGUGAAAACUGAACAAACAAGCAUAUGGCAUGCGGCCGUUUAUCCACAAAUGUAUUCCAUUCAUAUUUGUCUCUUAUACAGUGUAACUAUUUAAAUGCGUGUAUAGGCCUGAAUCUCCUCGUCGCUUUCAUCAGCCAUAACUGCCAAGAUGUAUUUAGAAAAUACUCGCAAAACAGGAUUGCUAAAGAUUGGCAAACGAUGUGCCAUAUUUUUGAAGAAAUUUGAUCCAACCGAGUAAUCGACACAGGCCUUGCAGCUACGCAAGCCUUCGUCUCAAAUUUCAAAGUAAGCAAGGCAAGAAAAAACGGUAAAAGAGUUUUGAAAAAAUAAAGAAAUAUAUUGCCAUUUCCCUUGACUCUGAGAAAUGAAAGAAAUCUCUAAUUUUGAUGCAAGACUGUGAAAAGUGGUUGCUAAUAUCAUAUCUGGCACAAUAUUCCCGCUUACAAUUGAAUCUUCAAUUUUAUAAUUAUUGACAAAAUUAUUGUCAAUUAAAGUUGCUGAAUUGUUAUACACUCUAGUGGGCUUGUCAAUAGUUGGUGUUAAAGCAUAUAACAUUGAAGAGUAAAUAAGAAAUUUUGAGUAUGUUGGCAAGUUUGAGCCUUGAGGAGGUUUAUGUGGAAAUCACCUAUUACACGUAUAUAUAUGUUUGUUAGCGCUAAAUAAGCGCUAAAUUUAUCCAGAGUGCAUGUCUUCAAAAUAUGCUUGAACGCUAUUUGGAGAAUUAUGUUACCUAUACACUACUCCACAUACAAUCUGAUUUGAUUUGUUCUUAAAGUGAAUUUCAACCCAAGGAGUUGGAAAAUCUUUAUUAGAAUUUUUUUCUAAAAGUGUGUACAACUCAAGUCUCAAGUCAUUUCUAAUGUACAUUCCCGCGCCACCCGAAGCCAGCGGUAUUGGAACAUAUUCAAAUUUAUAGUUAACUACCUCUGGAUUAAAGUCAGUGAAUCAUCCCUUAUUUUAGUUUCAGUAAUUAAUUAAUUCCUAUUAUACACUAAAGUUGAAAUCAAGUUCUUGUAAUAAAUUCAAGCUCCUCACGUUGUUAUACGUAGCAUCGAGAAACUGGUAUCUGUGGUACAAUUUGACUGUGAUUUUUUAAGACCAGUUGUUGAAUUUAUGGGGUGAAUAAUAUUGAGAUUGUAAAAUCUGUUGAUUUAAAUUUACAUCGGGAUUUGCAUCGGAGGCUCUGUUUAAAUUAAAUAAGUCCAGACUCCAGGUCACACAUAUAUACUAGAAUAAUUAUCAAGGUCUUUUAUAGUGGGGAGGUUUGUAGUUAAGCUAUUGAGUAUUGUUGUGGCUGAAGAAUUGACUUAAGACUAAGUUAUUAACAUUAUAAAAUGGCAGUUCACGUAAUACAUGUAGUACGUGACUUGGACAGUUGAAUAUUUGUUUAAUCGUUUCCAUGCAUCUUUAGUUAUUAUAGUGUAUAUGAGAAACAAACAUUUCAUUUUACUUAGCUUGAAAGCACAUCGUUUGAAUUCUGUAAUCUCAGGUCAGAAGGUCGUGAAGUUCGUUUAUUCAAAUAGCUCGAGAAUUCAAGCGUCCUUUCUUAAGUAAACACUGAGCCAAGUUCUUCGUCCAGCAGUAAUGAUAGUCGUUCUUAGCUUUAAAUUCCUUUGCUUCAAAUAAGAUUUGUUGGUCUUUUGGAGCCGUUAGAUGAUCGUUAGAUGAUUUGCAAAUUAUCGAGCUUGGUCCGUCGUCUACUUUUCUACUGCGAGCGCGAUGUGCAAUAUCAAUAUCAUUAAAAUUAACCGGCGUCGACUACAAGUGAGUGGACGAGGUUUACACACAGAGAACCGGUUUGAUAUGCCGAUUUCCUUUCGUCUUGUUGAGGAAGAUCUACUAUGACUCUAAUAUUAUACUGAUAUAGCUAUACUGUUGUAUCUGUUCAAGCACAUCGCCGACGUCGUUUACUUUCGUGGCUAUUUCUGUUAAUCGUGAGUUCAGCUUUUUAAAUUCAUUCUUGACUUCAGUUUGAAAAGCACUUAGAGUAUCGUAUUCAUUGCUUACGAAGUUAAGGCUGCAGGUCUGGAAGCUAUAUGCACUUGGGCUUGAGUUUCUUUGCUUGCGCCAUCUUGCUUCGGUGAUUCUUUACUUUUGAUCAUGACUUGCAGAGUUGCUGAAAUCUUUCUGCAGUGAUUCAAUCUGUCGCUUCAAAGCAUCAUUUUUCUUCUCAGUUUAUAAAUGUUAUCGUUUCAGGCAUGCUGAUAUUUGACAAUAGUUUGUAGUCAGAAAUACGGAGCUCAUAAAUGCAUGACCGUCACACAUGGCAGCAAGAUAAAUACAGACCAGUCUUAUAUAUAAUCUUUAACAUUUUGCUUACCUUCAGGGAAGUUUCCUUCUCGUCUUUUAAGUCUUUGUUCAGCAAAAUAGCAAUCCUUUCAGUUUAUUCCUGUACGUAAUAGUAGAUAGCUUAAGAUCAACGACGUCGACUUCAGUAGAGAACUGGGAUUAUAGGAUGUCGUCCUAAAUAAAUAAACUUCCACGUAGACAUUACUUACGACGUAGACAUUUAAACUAUAGAUAUUUACAUUCUUUUGAAAAUGAGUUUAAAAUAGACGUGUAAACCAUUACCGUUUGUUAUGCUCUUGUAUUUACGACGGUAAAACUCUUGUUGUUUAGUUGUCGACGUUUGGUGGACGACAAGCAAAUUGAGAGAGACGUAUGCACACUUCAAAAACUAUUACCAAUUUACUUCCAUUUGCCGCCCUAAAUAUUUGACGUCGUAUACUUGAGCUAUUAUCGACUUAUUUAAGACGACGUCCUAGUCCCAGUCCUCUGCUUAGCCCUGACGCCCUAGCUGACGUCGACGUCGUAGAUCUUAAGCUAUCUAGUCUUCGAAUUUCAACUCUGUAUAAAAUACUAUUAUAAUUCAGCGUUGCCAACUGUAAUUUUGUAAAAAUCCCAAGUAAGCUCUCAAAAUAUCCCGAGAUUCCCUAAAAAUCCCGAUAUUCCCACUUUUUACGUCAUAAAAAUGUACGGUGGUUUCCGCACCAAUUUCGGGUAGGAUAGCCUUGUACGUCAUGUUGUAAAAACGAAAUCUGACGUAUGCGCAGCUCAAUGGGGUUUAAAUACGAGCGGACGAAGCCUGGAUAUUUGGAAAAAAUUGUUUAUUUAGUCAAUUUUACCAAACAAUCGUUUUUAAAUUUCGAACUUCCAUUUCUCAAAAAUAAAAAAAGUCCCGAGAUUGACUUUUUAAAAUAAAAAUCGCAACUGCUUAAAAAAAAUCCCGAGUUCUCGAGAUAAAAUCCCGGACUUGGCAACAACGCUGUUAUAUUCUCGUGGUUUUGCCCGAUAAUUCUAAAGGCGAUGCCUGCGGAGGUCACGUAUAACUACUGGGGAAUAUACCCUAGUAGGCCCUGUGCUUGCCCCAGUAGUGAACAUUGAUUUUCUUGUAGAAUAUCUGCUUCAUUAAAUCGUGUGGCUUUUUUAUUAUCCAUAUUGUAUUAUGCAAUAGUUAAAAUAUGAGCCGCUGAUCUUUAUGGCCAUGGGCAUUUACAAUGGUGAGCGCGCAGCGCGAGCCAUUGUUAAAGGCCCUGCAUAAAGAUCAGUUGCGAAUAUUUUAACGUACUUGUAAAAUGAAUUUAUUUGUUUACUUUAUUUGUAUCCACUGCCCAUGGGGUAGUGAAUACAAAUCUCACGCUUCAUUAGCGUGCUAUUAAAACCUGAAUUAGUAUUGUUAACUUUCAUAAUAAUAUACAUAAAGAUAUUACUCGACUGUGAUUGGUUGAUUUCAGUGCAGUUAAUCCCAAACAGCAGUGCAAUUUUCUGUAAUCACAGUGCAAUUUUUUGUAAUCACAGUGCAAUUUUCUGUAAUCAUGCACAGUGCAAAAAUCUGUAACAAACUGAUCUGAUUGGUGGAAAAACAUUGUGAUGAUUAAAUCAACCAAUCAGUUUAAAGAAAUUUAUAGUUUAAAGAAGUAACGGUCACAGAUUGCUUCCAAAAUCCAAACAAAACAAACAUGGCGCCACGCUACACAAAGUAAAAGUUGCCUUCGCGUGGAAAAUAUAGCUUUUAUCUUUAUUUUUAAAUGGAAAAGCAAUUACCUUAAACAAGACUAACAAAAAUUACAUAGUUAGAUGGAAUUUUCAAGCCGUUAGCGUUGCAUAAUGUGAUAUAACAAAGCCAGGAAAACUUUACCAGUGGAAUGUUCGCUAUAAACGCGUAAGUUAAAACUACAAUUGUCUCGAAUAUUUUUAUGAAAAUUAUUAAUAAGUAAUAGCAUGUUUUCUCGUGGAAUUUAGAUAAACAUGCACUUGUGAGUUUUUCAAAGACCUCAAAUAGCACUCGUCCUUCAGACUCGUGCUAUUUUGAGGUCUUUGAAAAACGCACUCGUGCAUGUUAUAUCCAAAUUGCACUCGAAACCAUGCUAUUACCUAUACUAAACAUCCCUCUAACACAACUUUAUGAUUUUUAAUGCGGUUUACAAGUGUGCACAUGUGACCUAAAUACCGUGUCGUGAUUAUUCAUCAAUUUUACGAUUAAAAUAUAGCCAGCUGUAUAUGUAACCCACUCGCAGGCUAAUAGGUUUACAUCCUCUUUAACAGUUAUACACGAAGUACUUGAACUUGUAAGUUUAUUCGAAUGGCGCGCAAAACAAGAUAAUAUGAAGUAAAUUUAAGGUGCACGAGUUAUUCUUUAACCAUUAAUACUGUAAAAAAUGCGAUGGUUAAAAUAACAAGUAUACUCAAAUGAACUUUAAUUCAGUUUUUUUGUUCGAAGCUAUAAACUAUAACCAUUAAUAUUUUAUUUAUUUGUAAGUUAAAUUUUAUUUAAUAUCAGAGCUGCCGUCCACUCGUCCAGAAGCAUGAAAAACGCAUGAGGAAAUCUUCGAAAGAAGCUGCUUCAGCUACCAUGCAGAAAUUAUCUUUGCUAACAUUUUUUGAAAAAAAUUGUGCAACAGAAAAGCGGAACAACAGCCUUUGUUAUCAGAAAAAGAAAGUCAAAUAUUAUAGCUGGGGAUAUGAUGAUGCUAAUGAUCUAACAGUUGAUAGUCAAAGCCGACAGGCUACUUCAAUAGAAACUCAAACAAGUUUUUGGUAUAUAAAGGCAAAAAACUAGACAUUAACUGGCUGCUGCCAUCUGAGGACUGCUUAGAGAGUUGGCAAAAGAGAUCAAAGAUCAGUGGCGCCGCCAGCUCGAUAAUUGGGGGGGGGCGACUAUUCAUAUCUUCGUGUUCAGUAUUAUGAACUUCUUUAGAAAUCCAUUGUUUGGUCUGUGAACACAAAUAUAUGAAUAUUCGCCCCCCCUCCCAAUUAUCGCGCUGACGUGCCACUGUCAAAGACAAUCGGCAAAGGAAAGUGGUGAUAAUGUUUAUUGUGCAGCAAGUAAGAGAUGGAAGUGAGAAAGUUCGCUAACAUUGGAAGAAUACCUCUUGCAUGUGGAGUUCGUGUUGAUGGGAAGGGAGAUUAAAUAAUGUACUAGACUAUUUAUUUUUACCCGCACACAACGAGUCUCCGCGUUUAAAGCAACUAGAUGAAUCAUGGAAUAACUCGUCUGAUAGUCAUCCAUGGAUAAAGUGAUGAAAAAUUGCAAAGCUGAAACAAUGGAAAUUCUUUUACGCCUGGCAGUUAAUUGAUGUGUACAAUGAUUGUAGAACCGAAACGCUCAGUGCUAGAAACUGGUCAUCAAGGUCUUUCAUGGCAGUUGAACACAGCAACCAUUUAUUGCGUGUGUUUCAAAACGAAGGAUGGGAUGCAGAGUUUGUUUCCUUUGACCAGCCUGCAUGGCUCGUUGUAACACUACCGAGAUCCUGUAAAUUAUGCAGUAAUGGAGAUAUAAUUGGUCAGCAUGAAAUGGAGAACAGCAAAAUUAUUGAAUGAUUGUCCGUUUGUUAUUCUGUACAAAUGGACGGCAGGUCUGAUCGCCAGCAAGUUGAUUCUAAGUUCAUAAUAGCAAGGUAUGUACCUCCAUGAGGUAAGUGUCAAUACUCUUUUUCUUCGGAUCUCAUCUAGUGAUUUUGGGGGAGCAUCUGGGCUGCUCGAAGCCUUUGUGUCUUGUUUAAGUGGUGUUAAGGUUGAGACAACAAAGCUGGUAGGUGCAUGUAACAACUGAUGGGGAGAAUGUUAACACGGGAAGGAGUGGUGGUUUGUGGAAACUGUUAGGAGAACAUACUGGAAGAGAUAUCCUGACUGCAUGGUAUGUUUGCCGUCGCUCAGAUUUAGCUUUAGAGUCUGUACAAUCUCAGGUUCGAGAGCUGUCCAUUUGGAUGUUUAAUGUUCUUGCAGUGUCAACAUUCUUCAGUGCAUUACCACGGCGAACCAAGUUGCUACACCAGGUACGGCUGAUUUGUUUAUAUAUCAAUACAAUUAUUUUAGACAAUUUUCAGAAUGUUAAAGAUUUUUCUUAGAGUCUCUUUAACAACUGACAUGAGACAUGCUAAUAUCAAUGCUGCAAUUAACUCAAGUCGAGGGAUAGACAUUGUUGCUAAUGGGGCGACUCUACUUUUCGAGGCGACAAGAUUUGUUGUGCGGCCACUGUCUGUUUCCAAGCAUAUACAUAUAAAUGACAGCACAACAAGCCUUUUGGGAAGCGUCUCCAAAUCUGUGAAGAGUCACACUCUCAGGAUGCCUCUCCUCUUCCAAAAAGUAAUAUCUAGGUACAACUACAGAACUCACCGUCUCUAAAUCAUCAAUCCAUUUCUCCAGCACCUUCUAGUUGGAUUCUGAUAAAACUGCAUCCCAUUCAUACUUAGCUGCACACAAUCUUUAAAGAAAUAUCGUAAAUGCAUUUUUUCGUCGAUCGAAAGUCCUGAUAGCUCCUGUGUAUAAUCUCUCUAUUAGUGGGUUGUGGUGUGGGGAUGAAUUUAAGACCUUUCGAUAAAUUUGAAUGGUGGGUUUGGCAAGGGAUGUGUUUGAUAGAUUCACCACACUAUUCUUAAUAUGUUUCGUUUUAAUUUCAGAGAGAAUUGCACUUUUACUUUUAAAUCGAUAAUUAUUGUUAUUUUGUUUAGUGUGCAAAUAUUUACGUAAUUUAGUUUUGGUUAGCUUGUUAGCGGGGCUUCGUAUUGUUUCUCAUGUUCAGAUGACAGCUGGGCAGAUGCAUGCGCGAGAGAAAAUCCUCCAAAUUAGAAUUACUUACGUUAGUGGUUGUGUUAUUAUUGCUCUUCCUCAUGUUAGUUGCGAAGGGGAAGGGGUAUGGUGUAGGAGUACGUGGGCUAGACAUAUUUCUGGUGAUGGUUGAGCCAAUACGUUGUGACCUGACUCUAGCCGGGGGAGCUAGAAGAGAGGGCUGUAUUAUGUGAGGAGACGAGGAACCAACUGUUGAAUAAGUUCUCCUUGUGUUGUUGGUAUUAGGAUUAAUAUUAUUGGGGGUGCAGCUCAUUAGUGGGGUUAAUGUUUGGGUAGUCGAUACGGGAUUAUAAUUAUUAUUGGUUAGGUUGGGAAUAGAGCGAGACGGGGUAUUGAUAGGGGUUUUCGUAGAGGAAGUGGUUUUCGUCGACACAUAAGGUGGAGAUGUAUAAGAACCACCAUGCGACGCGUUAUUAUGGCGUUUAUACGGUUUAAAUCUGCGGAGGGUUCUACCUUUGUUAGUUUUAUCACCAAUAUCAUUAGUGACCUGUAUAAUAUUAGAGGCCGUUAGUUUCUCUGGAGCGUUACUAUAUAUAUACAUAUUGGUGGGAAUUAUUUAUGUUGCUUAAGCUUAAGAGAUUAGUUUUGGUACAAUUAUGAUUCUCAAUUAGUAUAUCAAGGAGGGUAUUAGAUGUGUUAGUGAGGGCUUCAUCCCAUAGUUUGCGUAGGUCAUGCGGUAAUCAUUGGGGUGGUAUUCAUCUCCUUGUGCUGCUCAAGCUUAUACUAGCUUAUCUAGUAGGGUAUUAGUUUUGUGAAGAUUAAAUUUAUAGUUAUUCAGUACCUUUAAAGGUCCUAUGUGUUACGGGGUGUACUCAGGAGCUGGGGCAUAAUUAAAAUGAACACGGACACCCCGAACCACAAUGUUUAUGUUAGGACUUAAUAUUCGUAAAAAAAACAGUAUAGAACGCAUUGUUAUCGUCGGGAUUUAUGAAAUAAAAAAGCUUUUACUUGUUUAUACAUAACAUAACACUAUGUAAAUUAUUAGGAAUACUGUUAAUAAUGUUUCUGGUCUGGUUAGUACCUAGGUUAACAUAAUCAGUAUUAGAGGGGUGAUGUUUACGCCUGAGGAGUCUUGGGUAUUAUUGUUAGUUGCAGUGUCAUGGUUAAUGUUGUCAUCAUCUGGGCCUAAUAACAUUUGUUCGAUUAUUGGGUCAGUCUCUAUGUCAAUCUGAUCAUCGUCUUUCAUUAAUUCUACCAUUAGUGCGUCAGUAAUUUUAUCCUCUACCAAUACUUGGGAAUGGCUGGUUUUAUCCUCACUCUCUGUGGUAUUGGCGGGUGAAUUUACUUCGGGUGUUUCAGAAAUUAGGGUAUUAUAGUAUCUGUACAAGCAUUAGUCUCGUUAUUGGAGCUCUCGACAUUCGUGUUAUUGCUAUUAAUAUUAUGUUGCAUGUCAUUGUCAUUAUUAUCAUUAUGAACAGCGGAUUCCGAUUCCGGGAGAAGAGGAGGAACUAAAUAAAUUAAAUAUGACUGUGUUAUUGGAAUUGAUUCCUGAGUAAACGCAAUACGGAUAGCAAAAUGUAGUUAAAAUAUCGCUAUGUAUUAACGUAACUGUCCGAAAUUUUCAAACGUACAUAACCAAUUUUAUCACACUGCAUACAGGUAUAUACUAUUAAUUAAAACAUGUAAUCAUGCAAACAUAUCAUUUGUCAACUAAUGAAAAUAAGCAAGGGUCAAGCUAUUUAAGAGUUAAUGGAUAUAGGCUAUAUACUAAACAUAAUGGGCCAUUGUUACGGAGUGGGAGAUGGCGGGUCAAUGUUAUAACUACCAAACAGUACAAGGAGCGUAAAUAGCUCUACAGUUCCCUACAAAUAAUAUCGACAUUCAUUUAUUGGUAUGAAAUAGGUAAUUGCACAAAUACUGGUGUAAGACAUUGUGAGCCUAAAUUAUGAGGACCAUUAGUUCAAAUGGUUAUCCUUUAUUUAUUUACUCCGACUCCUGUGAUGGUAAACAUGUACGCAAAAAAAAAGGAAAACUACGAUUAGAUAGUAACUGAAUAUGUGAAUUUUAUGUGACACGAUGAGGGCGAGGAUAUAUAAGAGCGAGAGAUUGAAUUGGAAUAGGAAAGGUAACCCUGUAAGCGUUUCAACCUGACAGUCUUCAAAACGUUCCGUUUUGUUGGCUCUAAAUUUCUUGCAAAUUGAACAACUUUUGUUAACUUUAAAACAAAAGUAUCACUGUCAGUAUCCCAAUUCAUCCCAAGUACCUUAUGUUCCUUCGGAGGUUCAAUUUCUUCCAGACCGCCAAUUGACUCUUUAGCAUAUGAACUUUCACCGGUGUUGUUCAAAUGCUCUGUGGUUAGUGACUUUAAUACUUCCUCAUCAUUCUGAAUCUGAGCCAUCAAUACUGGACUAUUGGUAGCCUAUUUCCGUAGAUUAAAAUUGCCAGCUGCGAAACAAGAUUUCAUCUGUCGAUAUAUUGUAUAUGCAUCAUCUCUGGAUUCUCCUCCUCCUGACCAAUCAUCAAAGUAAAGCUCUGAAAGAAUCCUUUCUGCAAAGCCAGGGUCAUCAUAAUAGUAAUUCGUAAUGUGGUGGCGUAAUGUUGUAUUCAGGAGAAAUGGAAAAAAAAUAACCCUAUAGAAGCGGUAGACUUCUACAUAUGGAUUGUCCUUGUUUAUUUCAUCGAUCCACAAGAACCGCAUCAUGUCCUUUUGUUCCUCAUCAAUAGCAAUAUUGAGAAAAGCUUUCUCAAUAUCUGCAACCAUUCCAAUUCUCCGCCCUCCAAACCCAAAAGAACCUUUAGAAUAUCUGUAGCCAGGGAAGGUCCAGUGUGAACGCAAUCAUUCAGAGAUGGGCACUUUGGCUUAACUUUCGCACUGGCAUCGUAAACAACCCGCACCUUUGUAGUGGUUGCAUAUUUUCGUCUUUUCGGGUCUUGAUUUUGAUCUUAAACCUUUUCAACAAUUCCUUGACUUAAUUGCUCUUUAAAUUAUCUGGUUGUAUUCCUCAAAUAGACUGGGUUCUUGCCUUAAACGUUUCUCUUGCGAGUCUAAUCGUGCUAGACUUAAAUCAUAAUUGUCCGGUAAAAUAUCAUGUUUUUCUUUCAGGGGUAAUUUAACGUGAUAUCUACCCUUCUCAAAAGAUACAUUUCUUUCAAACGACUCAUGCACCGUCCAUUGUCUGUUAUACCAAUUGACUUUAAAUCCCAGUAUCCCACAGACGAUGCAAUAACUCCUCAGGUUGUUUUUCAUUCUCCACACUUGUCAAUUCGACUGCUACUCUCAAUACACGAGUUGAAACAAAGUUCACAGAAGACAGAGUAGUUUUCUUUCUUGAUGGCAUUGGGCCUGACAAAGCCCAUCCCAGGAUUGUUUCGCUUGCAUUUGGACCAUUGGCAUUCUCCUCCCGUCUUAUCUUGCCAGUGAAAAAUUUACCGAUUUGAUCCGCUCCGAUUAAUAAAUCUAUCUCUACUACACCGUCCCCUUCAUUAUUAUCGGCCAAGUUUAAGUCACUCAAAUGUUUGUACUCUACUUGGGCUCGGUCAAUUUCUUGAUUUCCUAGCGUUGCACAAAUCACUGGCACAACAAAUCCUUCUAUUUGUGAGUUGUGUUCUAGUUCUACAAGUAAUAUCCCAAACUGCUAAGUUCACUGUCUCACAAGAAGCAGUUAGUUCAGUUUCGCAUUCCCCGAAUGUUUUUAUUCGUAAAGACUCUGUAUUUCCUGUAGGCAAUUGCAACUUAUUUCGCACUCGUUGGGUUAAAUAACUUCUCUGGCUGCCCGAAUAAAAAAUAACUCUUACCUCAGUGCUUAACUUCUUGUUUCAAACGCCAACUUUCGCCUUGGCUGUUUGUAAUAAGACCGAAUCUUGUAAACAUACGUGAUAAUUUCUGGUCUCUUUCGUGUUUCCUGUGUCUUUCGUGUCCAUUGAUUGUGUUGUUUGUUCUUUAGCUAGACUAUCUUGCACAUUUCCUAAUUUCUGUCUGGAAUUUAAUUCUUGUCUCGUUGCUAAGGACUGUCUCGAAUUUGUUGCUAAGUAAGGACUGUCUCGAAUUUGUUGCUAAGUAAGGACUGUCUCGAUUUUUUUGCUAAGGGACAUGUUAUUAUUAAUGCCGGGUAGGGGGCCGGAGGAAAUUUUUAGGAAUAGCAAAAAUUUUUCAUGACCCCUUAUUUUUCUAACAAAAUUAUUUUAUCCCCCCCCCUUAUUGAGGCAACAUAUUUCAUAGCCCCCCCCCCCAAUUCCGAAUUCAAUGACUCAGAAAGUCAUUCACGUAACCAUUUUUCCUGCCCUCAUAUACUCAGUUUACUUGCAGCUGUAAAGAAUAUUGUAAGUAUUGAAAAUGAUAGCCAAGGUGGACAGGAGUGACUUUAGUUUCACAAUAGACACAAUAGACAAUUCAGACUUUAUACCUGAAAAGUUGUUGGCCCUCAAACAAAAAACCCACACAUCAGGCCUACUUUUACUAAUUGAAAAAAUAUCGUAUUUGUGUCUGAUGGAAGCAUUUAUAUUGAAGAGAUUGCAGAAGAGACUGUCAACAACAUGCAGAAACAGAACAUGCCAUAGAGGUCCAUUGUGUUAUAAAGCGUAAAACAGGACAACAACUGUCAAUUGAAUCUUGCAUUUGCAAAUGCAGUGCAUGACCAUUAAGACAAAUUCUACGGUGAUGAUGAGGAUAACAAUUUCCAUAUAAAGUAGCUAUAACACAACUUUUAGGUCCAAUAUAUUGGUCAUUACUGUUCAAUGCAUGUAUGUAUACUGUAUAUAUCCAUUACUCUUUUGAUAUUACAUGUUACAAACUAAUCCAUAGAUUUUAUUUUUUGCCCCCCCCCCCUUUAUGUCCAAAAUAUUUUCUGCCCCUCCCCCCCUUUACUGGUCAAAAAUGUUUUGUGCCCCCUCUAAAUUUCCUCCGGCCCGCUACCCGGCAUUAAUAAUGACUGGUCCCUAAGUGGUCGGAAUUCUCCGGUGUGGAUUUCCAGCUGGGUAAAUCUUCGUAGUCUCCAUCCACUGCCCCUCCUCUGAUAUUCCGAAAAGGACUUUAGCAUCUUUUCCCUCAUGAUGCCCUGGGUUUCCUCCGUGUCGUCCGUUCCAAUAAGUUUGUGGUUCUUCGAUCCGAAGUGAGCGACGGUUGACACUUCUUCCCCAGUUUUCGGAUCGUUCCUUACCAUUUCGCAGGCUAGGGACAUCCUUACGUUCCUUGGUUCCGUUUCGGAGUUUAUGAGUGUUUUAACCUCAUAUUCCGUCAUGGUUAGGGAGUAGGAUGGGUCGUAGUUACCGUUUGGGGUGAUGACGUACUUUUUGACCUUUUUCUUGAUGGCGUGCUUGGCUAGGACGGGUUCCACGAUUUCCCUCGAUUUUUCCCAGAUUUUGCUAAGCUUGUCACCCACCUUCAGUUGGAGUCUGGCGAACGUUUUCUUGCCUUUCCAUUUACCCUCUGCGAUCCUACGGUUCUCCUCGACCCGUCUUUCGCGGGCCUUUGCUUUCCGUCGCAGGCGCUGGGUCUCCUUUUUCCACUUCUGGGCUUCGGCUUUCCAGUCCGUAACCUCUCUCCGCCGUCUUUUCUCUUCUUUGGCGAUGUCGUUCUUCCAUUUCUUCGCGUCCCUUAUUUCCCUUUAUGCGUCGGCCUCGGUUUGCUUUCUACGUUUCCGGAACUGUCUUGCUGCCGAUUUAACUUCCUUUCCGACUAUUUUCCUCUUCUCCUUCUUGAGAAGUUCGUCGAAAUGGUUGUUAAUUUUCCCUUCUAUUUCUAAACCUCUCUCCUUGGCCUUCUCCAGAACGUUAGUUCUCAUCCGUUUGAUAGAAUCGAAUUUUCUGUCCGAAAUUGGAAUACUUCGAUUAAAAGUAUUCAUUGCUUUUAUUAUAUAGAAAAGUUUAUCUAUAAGGUGGUUUUGGGGUUGAUUCUGUUUUCCAGACCUAAAAGGUUUGAAAAAGCAAUGAAUUCUUCCAAGUCUUCCGGAAAUCCGGACGUAUGGGGAAAUGUCUCUUUUAUUGUAUAAGACUUAUUUUGGAAAAGUUGAUUCUGUUUGUGGAACGGAUAGUCCGCACCUGCGACCUAUGGUUUAAAACCCCACCAGGUCACUACCUGGCUAGAUUUUAACAUGGGGACGUAUGAAAAUACAUGGGGACACCCUAUUUUGAGGUAGAAACAUCCUAUUUUGGGGUAAAAACGCUGUUUUGGGGCUGAAAAUGCUCACUUUUAGGCAGAGGAUCCGCAGUUACGUUGUCUGAAUUCUGGAACCUAAUCAGGUCCUAAUAGGGCAACUCCUAUCUCACCUAUCUUUUUCCCCCUAUAGGUGCCGUCGCUAAUAAAAUCGGCACCCCCCCCCCCCAGGUUGAUCACGUCUCCCUUUUCCUUUGUGUUUUUGAUGUAGCAUGUUUCAUGUGCAAUGGUUUUAAUACCGAUAUUAGCAAUAACUAGUAUACCAUCCUCUCCUUCCCAUACGAUGCCUGGCGUUAGCUUGCGUAUUUCAGCGUUCUUUCCCAUUAACCCGUUUCCGAAUUUAAGCCGAACCUUGUUGGCACGUUUCCGAUGGCUUCUACGAUAAACAUCAUAUCCCCAUAAUUAACCCUUUUGCACAUCCUUUCGACCUGUAACACUUUUUCGUGGGAGCAGUCGAUGAAUAAUCCUUGCCUGCGUUUCCUUAUGACUGGUCGUUCCAUGGUUCCUUUGUUUAUAUAGGAGGCCUUGCCUAUAGAUAGGUUGUUGAUUUCGCCUCCGGAACGCAGAGUCCGCAAUUGCCUCACUUCGGUUUGGCAGCCUGAGCGGGUCCUAGUAGGACAACUCCCAUUUCGCUUAGCUUCCUUCCUUUAUAGUUUUCGGGAGUAAGGAAAUCAGCAGGACCCAGAUUGAUCACUUCUCCCUUUUCCUGUGUGUUUCUGAUGUAACAUCUUUUGAUGUUUACGGUACGCCAGUCGAUAUUAGCGAUAACUAGUAUACCCUCCUCCCCUACCCAUUACCUUACGUAUUUCAGCGUUUUUUCCCAUUGACCCACUUCCAAGCUUAAAACCGUACCUUAUCAAUUUUCUAUUUUCGUGAUCGAGUUUUUCUAAAAUAAACAUCAUGUCCUCAUAAUUGACCCUUUUACACAUCCUUUCGAUCCGUGGUACUUUUUCGUGACAGUCAAUGAAUACAGUAGUCCAUGCUUACGUUUCCUCCUUAUGACCGGUCGUUCCAUGUUUACUUUGUUUAUAUGUAGGAAGUCUUGUCUAUAAACUGUUGAUUCUGAAUUUGAGGGACUUCUGACCAGACUUGAGAUUACUCACAAGUUAACUCAGAUCUACUUGCAAGUUAACUCAGAUCUACUUGCAAGUUAACUAAGAUCUACUCGUGAGAUACCCCUGACUAGAUUUAACACCAUUCGCAAGUUAGUUAAGUCCUACUAUAAAUAAAAAGGAACCAUGUCUGAAGAAAACCCAGAUACGACAGCAGUGCCCGUCGCAAAUCCUGUAAAGACCCGCGUCAAGGAUCCAAGAAGGGUGGAGGCGGGGUGUAGGCUUGCUAAGAUCAGUAGGGAAGCGAAAGCAAGGAAGAAAGCACAACUCGAAGCUAUCAAGGAAGAGGAGCAGAACGUUCUGACCGAAAAAUCCGAAAAUAAUGGGUCAAUAGUCACCCUAGAAAGAGUCGGCCUGGUAGUGGGUAUAGCCGUAGGGUUCGGAUCCCUUAAUCUUUACUUCACGUGGAACAGUAUUCAGAAGAAGGAUGAAAAACCCGAGGAAAAUAAGAUUGUAGAGGAGCCGAAACCUGUUGUUAUCACACCGAAAGGUCCUGACUUGUUUGACUGCAGAGUAUAAUAAAACAAUGCCACAAUUAUUUCUGGACAUACGAACCUUCUCCAUAGCAGCCGGUGCUGCACUGAUUCACAUCCAUACGCUUGAGGCGGAAGAAGCCAAACGCAAAGAAAGCGAAGACAGGAUGCUCGACAACCUGGAAAGAAAAUUUUCCCUAAUCCUAGAAGAGAAGCUAAAGGAUAAAUAGUUCUGCUAUAAUAAAACAUAAUGACCGACACGAAAAAGGAAGUGAUCAACGAACUGUACGAUGCGGCACUAUUGACAACCGGAGUCGUUGGGGUAUCCUACCUUGCCAAAACGGUUGCCGGAAAAAGCCAGGGUGCACCGAUGACCCUAGAAGGAGCGGCAAAGCUUGCCGUUGCCGUAGCUGGAAGCGCAUUCACCAUAGGGUACCUUAAGGAUAAGGGAUACAUCCCAAAAAUGAUUGACAAAUAAGAGGAUGACAUCUGUUGUAGUCGGAGGACUCUUUAAUGUCGUGGCCUUUGCCAGGGCCGGCUUCCUAUUUUCCAGGUUGAAGACAAGGCUACAAGGAAGAGGUAAAAAGACAUAACCAAGCCUUAGAGAAGCUUGCAAAAGCCAAGGAGAAGUUUUACGAAUCCGAAGUGAAGAGCAGGAACGACGAGGCGAGACGGAGGGCCGAGAUCCUGGAUGCUAACAAAGAUAUCGAGGAAACAAACACGGCAUUGGAAGACCUGAGGGAUUAUACGAGGCUCAUGGAUAGUACGGAAUUCCAACGCAGACCGAAAUUGGAGGACUACUACCAACCAUCGGAUGAGAUGAAAAUAUACGCAAUGUUGACGGUGGGCGUCCUUGGGGUUGGGGGAGCCUAUGGAUUAACACGAAUAUUUUAAAUCCUACCAUUUGGAUUUAAAACUUUAUGUUGUCAUGAGGAAGCAGCUUAUGGUUGUAGCCUCACUUCUGGUAGUUGCAUUUCCGGCGGAAUCUAUGUUUUUGUAUUCGAGACCGUUAAGACUUACAUAUGCACCUAAGGAUAUGCGGACGAUAGAACUUCUUUGAGUGACCGUAAACAUAACCACUGUUCCUAUACUUCCUUCGUAGAAUCCGUACGGUGGAAACGGCGUCGAAAAAUUUAUCUCGAAUCCAUCCACUUUAAAGACCAUAAAUUUUGCAUUCUUCUUAUCAUCGUCCGAAAUGGCUGAGGACUUAUAA